AUGAAUGGUGAGGAUUCCAUUGUGCCAACCUUUUUAACCUCUUUCAGUACAGGAACUGACUAUAUGUAGGGGGUUAUAUUGAGGGAAGUCUGGGUGGUGUUCAGAAGAGAGGAAACAUUUUGAAAAAGAGUGAAACCGGGAGGUACUACCAGAACAUGUCCAAUAAGAACACAUAUCUUUGCUUUCUGUUGUAAAAAGUGUUGCUACUAUGUGCACUGCUGAUCAUGACCCUGGUGACCUGUCACAUCUCUAUUCCAUUAUUAUGGCCUGGCAUAAUGAAACAUCUCCUUCAAGCCUUAGUUAGACAUGAGGGGGAUUCUGUCUCGGUAGAUUCUGUCUCUGUGGUUGCUCAUUACCUAGACAGUGUGUGAUCAGUGGGCCAGAGCGGCAGCUGGCUCUUGGGUGCACACACACACACACACACACACACACACAGAGCUAUCCACCCCCCCCCCCCCCCCCCCCCGGUUAACCUCCUACACGGCUAGUUUCUCAUCAAAGGCCUGGGAGUGUUUAAGACAGAAGUCUAAGUGAUCCCAACUGUGAUCAUGUGAAACAGUGGUCUCAUCACUAAGGGUUGCCAGUAUACAGCGAACCACCAUUUUAUGGUCAUCCAUAAUCAUAUGGUUAUAAUAAUAAAUACUUUCACUGAAAAGCUAACAUAUUACAUGUAAAUAUAUGUUUUAUAUAUACAGGUAUUUGUAUUCAGACUAUAGAAAUAGUGUGAUCGAAGACACAUUGGCCGUAUUGAUUUCCCUAGACAUAGAGAUGAUAAGCAUGAUGCCACAACAAAUGGCUCUAUUUUCAUAGUGAACUAAGACAAUAAAACAUGUGAUAUAGGCAGAGGCUUUUAUCCAAAGCAUCUUUCAGUACGGGUGGCCACAGAGGGAUACACAUCCACAACCCUGGUGAUGCAAGUGCUCUACCGUGCCCUGCCACAGAUAAUAACUGAACUGACUAGAUUUCAUGUGAAGACAUUAAUCGUCCCCAAUGUCCUUGUCCUGCCCUGACCUCCGACCUUGAGGUGUUAUUACAGGUGAUGUUGAGUGACCAUCCCAUUGUUGUUCUCUGAACUGCGACUCUGACAGCUGCUCUCUGCGCUUUAAGGGAGAACACCCUUGACUAGAGUUCACCCACCGAAACUCUAUGGAAACUUGGCUGUCUCUCAAGUCCAUUUUUAAUUCCAGUCCCGCCCCUCCCUUCCUCUGCCGUUGUCUCGUUCUGAGGUGGAGAGUUGGAGCCUGUUUGACCUCUGAACUCUUCUGAACGAGGUCUUGCCCUACCGAGGGAUGGUUGUGUUUCUGUUGAGAAAUGGGACAGUAGUGUCUUUGUGUGGCUUACACACAUAUGAGAAUACAUCCUUAACUCACACACCCCUGUUAGGCGACUGGACACUGGAUGGCACAAACACACACACACACACACACACACACACACACACACACACACACACACACACACACACACACACACACACACACACACACACACACACACACACACACACACACACACACACACACACACACACACACACACACACACACACUCAGGGCUGUUUCCCACCCUUCCCGUGUCCUAUCCCCAGCCGGGGUGACCCCACCCUGCUUGCUAUUGUCUGACAGAGGACCCACAGGACACACACACACACACACACACACACACACACACACACACACACACACACACACACACACACACACAGACUCAGCAGGAUAGAGCUUGAUGCUUGACCUCCCUGAUUCCAUUGUUUUAAGUAAACUCAUUAAAAGCCACCUGUGAGUCUAUCUGUAUGGAGUUUCCCACAGAUCAUGUCCCCUACCACCAGUCAUAUCCCCUGCUACCAAGCCAGGGCUCACCAGUGGUUUGUCUGGUAACUUCCUCUUGUCUAGAGGCCAGUCCUCUAGCCAGGGCCCACCAGUGGUUUGUCUGGUAACUUCCUCUUGUCUAGAGGCCAGUCCUCUAGCUCAAGGGUGGGUGAUCAGCAGUCACCAGAGGGUGAGAGUAGAGAGCGUGUAGGCUAGCUUAUCAAAGGUUCAGUAAAAACAAGGUUGUCAGUUUCAAAGAAAGUAAGGUUAGGUGAAACUUGACCUGAGGUCUUUUCUGGAAGGCAGAAUAUUAAAGACUUUUCAGUGGUGAGUUUUCAGAAAGUCUCGUAACUAACAUGUUACUUUAUUUUAUUGACGAAGCAGACCAAGAAACGGACUGGCCAUAGGGCAGUUCGGGCAAAUGCCUGGUGGCGGUGGGCCGGUGUGUAAAAAUACAGGAUUUCUGGUCCCAGUCCACCCCAGCCCAGACCCACACUGCUCGUAGAGCAGCAAAGUGCAUCAAUUGAUGAAUUGCGUUGAUUCACACACAGAAGAUUUACUCUUAAAUGUUGAUUUUGCAAUCUUUAUCCUCUUGCGGCUGUGCAGCUAGGUUGUCGAAGGGAAACUCAUCCCAGUUAGACAUAUUUUGAAUAAUAAUAAACUAAGCUGUAUCCAUGAAAUGUGGAUCCUUAGUUUGCAGACGACACAACAGUAGUAGGCUUGAUUACCAGCAAUGACGAGACCUCCUACAGGGAGGAGGUGAGGGCUCUGGGAGUGUGGUGCCAGGAAAAUAACCUCUCACUCAACGUCAACAAAACAAAGGAGAUGAUCGUGGACUUCAGGAAACAGCAGAGGGUGCACCCCCCUAUCCACAUCGACGGGACCGCAGUGGAUAAGGUGGAAAGCUUCAAGUUCCUUGGCGUACACAUCACCGACAAACUGAAAUGGUCCACCCACGCAGACAGUGUGAUGAAGAAGGCGCAACAGAGCCUCUUCAACCUCAGAAGGCUGAAGAAAUUCGGCUUGGCACCGAAAACCUUCACAAACUUUUACAGAUCCACAAUUGAGAGCAUCCUGUCGGGCUGUAUCCCCACCUGGUACGGCAACUGCACCGCCCACAACCGCAGGGCUCUCCAGAGGGUGGUGCAGUCUGCAGAACGCAUUAUCGGGGGCAAACUACCCGCCCUCCAAGACACAUACAGCACCCGAUGUCACAGGAUGGCCAAAAAGAUCAUCAAGGACAUCAACCACCCGAGCCACUGCCUGUUCACCCCGCUAUCAUCCAGAAGGCGAGAUCAGCACAGGUGCAUCAAAGCUGGGACCGAGAGAAUGAAAAACAGCUUCUAUCUCAAGGCCAUCAGACUGUUAAAUAGCCAUCACUAGCACAUUAGAGGCUGCUGCUGCCUAUUGAAAUCACUGGCCACUUUAAGAAAUGGAACACUAGUCACUUUAAUAAUGUUUACAUAUCUUGCACUACUCAUCUCAUAUGUAUAUACUGCAUUCUAUUCUAUAAUAUUCUACUGUAUCUUAGUCCAUGCCGCUCUGUCAUUGCUUGUCCAUAUAUGUAUAUUUUCUUAAAUUCCAUUCCUUACUAGUUUUGUGUGUAUUGGGUAUAUGUUGUGAAAUUGUUAGAUAUUACUUGUUAGAUAUUACUGCACUGUCGGAGCUAGAAGCACAAGCAUUUCGCUACACCUGCUAUAACAUAUGCUAAACAUGUGUAUGUGACAAAUACAAUUUGAUUUGAUUUGAUUAGAGUUACAAUGUACUGUGUUAAUUCUGUUCCCAUCUGAAACAUGAAGGGUGGGUGAUGUUAUAGUCAUCAGAGCAUGACUUACAGAGGGUAUGUGUACCAAAUAGUAGCCUAUUCCCUAUAUAGUGCACUACUUUUGAACAGAGCCCUAUGGGCUAAGUAGUGCACUAUAAAGGGAAUAGGGUGGAAUUUGGAACACAGUCAGGGUGUAGCUCAUGAAAGGUGUGGUAAAUAUUAUUUCUUAACCGUGAAUAGUAUUACUGUAUUAUUAAAUGGAGUGUCACUUGAACCAGUGACCUUGCAUGUAGGGAAGCAGACUGCCACCUGUGCCAUAAAGUUUCAGACCUCUUAGCAGAGAUAAUUCAGAGCUCAUUAUUUUGACAUAUCCAGGUAACGCCCUGUCAAAGACAUUGAAUUCCUGUCUGGCUGUGGACAUGUUCUGCAAACAAUACUACAUUGACAGUUUGUAAUAAAUGUCCACAAAGAUAUGACUUUGAGACGAGUGUGCUAAGUAUGAGCUGUGUGUGUGUGUGUAUGAGUGUGUGUGUGUGGGUGUGAGUGCGUGUUUGUGUGCGUUUGUUUGUGCGUGUGUGUGUGCAUGUGUGUGUGCAUGUGUGUGCAUGUGUGUGUGUGUGUGUGUGUGUGUGUGUGUGUGUGUGUGUGUGUGUGUGUGUGUGUGUGUGUGUGUGUGUGUGAAGGAGGAGGCUAAUGUGAACCAGCAGUAACCCUCUCCUCUGGGAACAUUCUCAGAGUGUGACGUAAUCUCUUCCCAUGCCGAGUCUCAACCCUCCUCUCUGUCUCACACACAACUAAAUAAUGUCACCUACAACUCAGUAAUAUAACUGAUUAAUAUAACUCAGUAAUGUAACUCAGUAAUAUAACUCAGUAAUAUAACUGAUUAAUAUAACUCAGUAAUAUAACUCAGUAACAUCACUCAGUAACAUCACUCAGUAACAUAACUCAGUAACAUAACUCAGUAACAUAACUCAGUAACAUAACUCAGUAACAUAACUCAGUAACAUCACUCAGUAACAUCACUCAGUAACAUAACUCAGUAACAUCACUCAGUAACAUCACUCAGUAACAUAACUCAGUAACAUCACUUAGUAACAUAACUCAGUAACAUAACAUCACCUCUAUGUUGACAAUAUCUGAAUAUUGUUACCUAUGUUCACAUAACUGAAUGACAUUAAUGUCAUUAUCAUACCAUUGAUAUGAGAAUGGAGUAACAACAUCUAUACAGUUACAUAAUAACUGAAUGACAUUAAUAUCAUUAUCAUACCAUUGAUAUGAGAAUGGAGUAACAACAUCUAUACAGUUACAUAAUAACUGAAUGACAUUAAUAUCAUUAUCAUACCGAUAUGAGAACGGAGUAACGAUAUCUAUACAGUCACAUAAUAACUGAAUAACAUUAAUUGUUUUUUGUGUGUUUGUGUUUAUAGUUUAGGCCUGUAAUGUCUACAGAUUCUCAGCAAUUGUUUGGGAGGGAGCCUCGACCCCUACAUAUAGACAGCUUUAGACAUUUACAGUAGAUAUACUAGAAAACCUAAAUCAAUCAGACACUCACAGCAACUCAACAGUCCACAACAAUCUCUUCACAGGCAAUUAUCACUUCAGCGAUACACCCACCAAGUACUGAGCUAUAAACUGAGUGUACAAAACAUUAGGAACACCUUCCUAAUAUUGAGUUCCUAAUAUCUUUUGCCCUCAGAACAGCCUCAACUCUAUAAGGUGCCGAAAAGAUUCCACAGGGAUGCUGGCCCAUGUUGACUCUAAUGCUUCCCACAGUUGUGUCAAGUUGGCUGGAUGUCCUUUGUGUGGUAGACCAUUCUUGAUACACACGGGAAACUGUUGAGCGUGAAAAACCCAGCAGCGUUGCAGUUCUUGACACACUCAAAUCAGUGCACCUGGCACUUACUACCAUACCCCGUUCAAAAGCACUUAAAUAUUUUGUCUUGCCCAUUCACCCUCUGAUGGCACACAUACACAAUCCAUUUCUCAAUUGUCUCAAGGCUUAAAAAUCAUUUUUUAACCUGUCUCCUCCCCUUCAUGUACACUGAUUGAAGUGGAUGUAACAAGUGACAUCAAUAAGGGAUCAUAACUUUCACCUGGAUUCACCUGGUCAGUCUAUGUCAUGGAAAGAGCUCCUAAUGUUUUGUACAUUCAGUGUAUAACGUGACUGAGAGUUGAAAGACCAGAGAGAAAAUCUCAUUAUUGUAAUCUAAUUGACUGUGGUAUUAGCUGCGUUGGCAACACUGUACUUUUAACAAGCAUGCCAAUAAAGUGAAUGAAACUGAGCGAGAGAGGGAAAGAGAGAGAGAGAGAGAAAAAGAGAAAGAGAGAGAGGGAGAGGGAGCUCUCCUAGGCAAGGGGCAGGGGAAUGUGGGAGCUGAGCGGUGAGCAAGAGAGAGAGAGAGAGAGAGAGAGGGAGAGGGAGCUGUGAGGAGAGCGAAUUGUGUUAUUGUUUAAAACCAAGUGUGUGUGUGUGAGCGUGUGUGUGUGUGUGUGUGUGUGUGUGUGUGUGUGUGUGUGUGUGUGAGAGCGGGAGAGAGAGAGAGAGCGGGUGAGAGGGAGCAAGAAAGAGAGAGAGCAGGGAGCAGACAGCUAGGAAGCUGUAAUACAGCUUUUCCCAAACUCGGGCCUCGGGACCCCAAGGGGUACACAUUUAGGUUUUUGCCCUAGCACUACACAGCUGAUUCAAAUAAUCGACUAAUCAUCUAGCUUUGAUCAUUUGAAUCAGCUGCUAUAGUGUGUGUGUUCUGUUAGUGGUGGAUUGGAGCAACCUCAGAUCAGGCCGGAUACAGCAGGAACUGUGACUUGGUGUGUGUGUGUGUGUGUGUGUGUGUGUAUGUGUGUGUGUGUGUGCGUGUGCGUGUAGGAAACGGCCACACCUCAGAGGGAGAAAGACAAAACAUCCUUUGUAAACAGCCUCCAUGGUAGCAGGAAGGAAUAGGUGUGUGUGCGGGUCUGUCUGAAACUGUACCUAAAAAUACAACUGUUUGCAGAUGAUUUCACAAAGUGGACUGACUAGAGUAGACUAUACACAGUGUUUCCCAAAUCCAGGCCUCCUGUAAUAUAACUCAGUAACAUGUGUUCUGUUAUGUAGCUAUGAUAUAGGCCAGAGUUUCUCAACUCCAGGCCUCCUGUAAUAUAACUCAGUAACAUGUGCUCUGUUAUGUAGCUAUGAUAUAGGCCAGUGUUUCCCAACUCCAGGCCUCCUGUAAUAUAACUCAGUAACAUGUGCUCUGUUAUGUAGCUAUGAUAUAGGCCAGUGUUUCCCAACUCCAGGCCUCAUGUAAUAUAACUCAGUAACAUGUGCUCUGUUGUGUAGCUAUGAUAUAGGCCAUUGUUUUCCCAACGCCAGGGCCUCAAAUGUAAUAUACUCAGUACAUUGCGCCUCGGGGUGUUAUGUGAAGUAUGAUAUAGGACAGUGUUUCCCAACUCCAGGCCUCCUGUAAUAUAACUCAGUAACAUGUGCUCUGUUAUGUAGCUAUGAUAUAGGCCAGUGUUUCUCAACUCCAGGCCUCCUGUAAUAUAACUCAGUAACAUAUAUAAUAAUAUGCCAUUUACGACGCUUUUAUCAAAGCAUUAAUCAUGCGUCAUACAUUUUUUUUGGUAUGGUGUCCGUGAAUAACACUAACCUUGGCGUUAGCAAGCGCGUCUUACCAGCUGAGGCUGAAGAGGACCAAUGCUGUUAUGUAGCUAUGAUAUAGUUGCAGUGUUUUGCACUCCAGGCCGUCCGAAGAAACUCAGUAAAUGUGCUCUGUUAGUAGCUAUGAUAUGGCCAUGUGUUUCCCAAUUCCAGGCUCCUGUUAUUUAGACUAGUACAUGUGCUCGUGUUAUGUAGCUAUGAUAAGGCCAGUGUUUCCCAAAAGCCUCCGUAAUAACUCAGUAACAUGUGCUCUGUAUGUACGUCGCUAUGAUAUAGGCCAGUGUUUCUCACUCCAGGCCUCCUGUAAUAUAACUCAGUAAAUAGUGCUCUGUUUAUAUGUAGCUAUGAUAUAGGCCGUGUGUUUCCCAACUCCAGGCCGCGCUCCUGUAAUUGAAUCAGUAACAUGUGCUUGUUUGUGCUAUGAUAUAGGCCAGUGUUUCCCAACUCCAGCCUCCUGUAAUAUAAACUCAGUAACAUGUGCUCUGUUAUGUAGCUAGAUAUAGGCCAGUGUUUCUCAACGCCAGGCCCCCUGUAAUAUAACUCAGUAACAUGUGUUCUGUUAGUAGCUAUGUAUAGCCAGUGUUUCCCAACUCCAGGCCUCCUGUAAUAACUCAGUAACAUGUGCUCUGUUUGUAGCUUGAUAUAGGCCAGUGUUUCUCACUCCAGGCUCUGUAAUAUAACUCAUGAACAUGUGUCUCUUGUGUAGCUAUGAUAUAGGCCAUUGUUUUCCCAACACCAGGCCUCUGUAAUAUAACUCAGUAACAUGUGCUCUGUUAUGUACUAUGAUAUAGGCCUGUUUCCCAACUCCAGGCCUCAUGUAAUAACUCAGUAACAUGUGCUCUGUUAUGUAGCAUGAUAUAGGCCAGUGUUUCCCAACUCCAGGCCUCCUGUAUAUAACUCAGUAACUUCUCUGUUAUUAGCUAUGAUAUAGGCCAGUGUUUCUCAACUCCAGGCCUCCUGUAAAAUAACUCAGUAACAUAUAUAAUAAUAUGCCAUUUAGCAGACGCUUUUAUCCAAAGCGACUUACAGUCAUGCGUGCAUACAUUUUUUUUUUUUGUGUAUGGGUGGUCCCGGGGAUCGAACCCACUACCUUGGCGUUACAAGCGCCGUGCUCUACCAGCUGAGCUACAGAGGACCACAUGCUCUGUUAUGUAGCUAUGAUAUAGGCCAGUGUUUCCAACUCCAGGCCUCCUGUAAUAUAACUCAGUAACAUGUGCUCUGUUAUGUAGCUAUGAUAUAGGCCAGUGUUUCCCAACUCCAGGCCUCCUGUAAUAUAACUCAGUAACAUGUGCUCUGUUAUGUAGCUAUGAUAUAGGCCAGUGUUUCCCAACCCAGCCUCCUGUAAUAUAACUCAGUAACAUGUGCUCUGUUAUGUAGCUAUGAUAUAGGCCAGUGUUUCUCAACUCCAGGCCUCCUGUAAUAUAACUCAGUAACAUGUGCUCUGUUAUGUAGCUAUGAUAUAGGCCAGUGUUUCCCAACUCCAGGCCUCCUGUAAUAUAACUCAGUAACAUGUGCUCUGUUAUGUAGCUAUGAUAUAGGCCAGUGUUUCCCAACUCCAGGCCUCCUGUAAUAUAACUCAGUAACAUGUGCUCUGUUAUGUAGCUAUGAUAUAGGCCAGUGUUUCUCAACCCAGGCCCCUGUAAUAUAACUCAGUAACAUGUGUCUGUUAUGUAGCUAUGAUAUAGGCCAGUGUUUCUCCAACUCCAGGCCCUGUAAUAUAACUCAGUAACAUGUGCUCUGUUAUGUAGCUAUGAUAUAGCCAGUGUUUCCCAACUCCAGCCUCAUGCUCAUACAAUCGUAACAUUGUUGUUGUGGUCCCAUGAAUGGCAUUUGAACAACAGGCCUCUGUAAGAACUCUAGGUAAAUGGCUCUGUUAUGUACUUGAUAUAGGCCAGUGUUUCUCAACUCCAGGCCUCAUGUAAUAUACUCAGUAACAUGUAUCUGAUAGUAGCUAUGAUCAAGGCCAUGUUUCCCAACUGGCUAGGUCUGUAAUAUACUCAGUAACAUGUGCUCUGAUUAUGAAGCUAUGAAUAGGCCAUGUGGUUUCUCAAUCAGCAGGCUCCUUAAUAUAACCAGUAACAUUGUUGUAUUAGCAGAUAGGCUGGUUUAACGCCCCAUAGAUCGGUGAUGUGGUACUUUGUGAAUGCUGGUCAGCCUCCUGAUAAGACUCAGUACAUGUGCUGUGUAUGUAGCCUAUGUAUAGGCUGUUCGCAUCCAGGCUCCUGUAAAACUCAGAACAUGUGCCUGUUAUGUAGCUAGAUAUAGGCCAGUGUUUCCCACUCCAGGCCUCCUGAAUAUAACUCAGUGAACAUGUGCUCUGUUAUGUAGCUAUGAUAUAGGCCAGUGUUUCUCAGCCAGGCCCCUGUAAUAACUCAGUAACAUGUGCUCUGUUUGACUAUGAUAUAGGCCGUGUUCCCAACCAGGCCUCCUAGAUCUUGGAAACAUGUCUGUUAUGUGUAUGAUAGGAUGUUACUGAUCCGGCUCUGUAUACUCAGGACUAUGUGGUUGUAAUAUGAUAUGGCUGAGUUGUCCACACAGGCCUCUCAAUUCACCAUAAUAUCUCAUAAUGUGUUGCCUGGUUUCCACUUACGGCCAUGUCCAAGCCAGCUCGUAAUUACUCGUUAAUGCUUGUUAUGAGCGUUUACUAGCCAGGUCUCCAACCAGGACUCGUAUUUUCUAGAAUGUGGCUAUGAUAUAGGCCCGUGUUUCCAACUCCAGGGCCUCCUGUAAUCCGCAUACUUACUUUUUGGUAUUUGGCCGAGUUAUCUAACUGCGGCCUGUCAACUCACAACAAUGUCUAGUAUUCUAGACUUCAGUCACAGCUACACAUUUUAUUAUUUAGUGAAGAGUCCCGUGUUCACCCAUUCCUUGGUUACAACGCCGAGCUCCAGUACAUAGAACACAGGUAUGUAGCUUGAUAGCAGUUAUCCAACUCAGCUCUUAAUAUAACUCAGUAACAGUGCUCUGUUAUUAGCUAUGAUAUAGCAGAUUUUUCCCAUAGGCCCAGGUCUUAUACACUCGUAACAGUGCUCUGUAUGUAGCUUUAUAGCAUAUUUACCAACGCCGCGUCCUGUAAUAACUCAGACAUUCUCGUUAUGUAGCUAGAUAUAGCGUGCUGUUCCAAUCCAGCUCUGUAAUAUAACCAGUACAUGUGCUCUCAUGUAGCUAUGAUAUAGGCAGUGUUUCCCAACUCGGCUCCUGUAAUAUAAUCUAGUAAAUGGCUUUUAUACUAUGAUAGGACAGUGUUAUCCAACUCGAUGCUCCUGUAAUAUAUAGUAUGGCAUGUGUUUGAGUACUAUGGAGUGUCCAGCAUGGCACCUGUAUAUGACUAGCGCAGAAGUAACUGUGCCUCUGUUAUGUAGCUAUGAUAUAGGCCAGUGUUUCCCAACGUCCAGGCCUCCUCUACCCCCAACAGUACAUAUUUAUGUUGUGGCCCCGAACAAGCACACCUGAUUCUAUAACAUUAUGCUGUUGGGGGUACUCGAGGACCGGAGUUGGGAAAUACUGGACUAUUAAUAAUAAUAAUAAUAAUAAUAAUACAUUUAAUUUGUAUAGCACUUUUCAUUACAGAGUUAUCACAAAGCUCUACUGAGGAAAACAAUUAUAGAUAUAUACAAUUAAAACAACGUACAAUUAGAAUCAAGGCAGGUCAAAUAGCAAUAGUGGGCUAGGUGCUAAUUCCAUUUUAGAUUGUGUCUAGGACUAUGAAAAAACAGUCUGUAGAAGUGGGUUUUAAGGCCUGUUUUAAAAGUUCUGAGUGAUGGAGCGGCUUUCAGAUGGUCAGAGAGAAGAGACAGGGAGCAAAGGGCUGGGUCCCCCAUAGUUCGGAGACUUGGGGACUAGAAGCAGUAGGGAGUUGCUGGAGUAGAGAGUUCGAGGUGGCUCGCUGAUUGAUAUGAGGUCGCUGAUGUAUGUGGGGCUCAAUCCAUUCAAGGCUUUAAAUACAAGCAGGAGAAUUUUGAAGUCGAUGCUGGAGUUGGGCAAGGAUCGGGGUGAUGUGGUCUGACUUCUUGGUCCUGGUCAGGACCCUGGCAGCACUAUUCUGGAUUAGUUGGAGCCUUUGUAGUGGCUGGGAGGCACCCAAACAACGCGUUGCCGUAAGAUUAAGCCGUGGAUGGUUUUCUCUGCGUCUGGCUGCGGGAAUGAUGGUAUGACCUGGGCAAUGUUUUUAAGAUGGAAAAAUGAUGUUUUACAUAUUUGUUUUUUGUGGGCAUUGAAGGACAGAGAAGGAUGAAACUUGACUCCUAGGUUGGAGACGACAGAGGACAGGUGGGUAACCUGGCCAUUGAUUGUAGGGCAGAUGUUUCCAGCACUAGUGACCUGCUUGGGUGUCCCAAUAAGCAUAGCCUCAGUCUUGCUGCUGUUCAACUGAAGGAAGUUCUCUUUCGUCCACUCCCUGAUGUCCUCUAGGCAGCUGCUGAGUUUAGCAAUGGCAGAGAUGGUGUCCGGUUUGGUGUUAAUAUAUACUUGGGUAUCGUCAGCGUAGCAGUGGAAGUUUAUGUUCGCUGAGGAUUUGGCCGAGAGGAAGCAUGUAAAUUAAAAACAGGAUAGGCCCCAGCACUGACCCCUGUGGGACGCUGCAUAUGACUGCAGACUCCUCCAAUCUGGACUCUCCAAUAGGGAUGUAUUGCUUUCUAUUGGAGAGGUAGGAGCUGUUUCAGAGAUGUUCCAGAGACAGCAGUGUGCUUUUUGAGACACUGCAGGAGGAUGGUGUGUUCUAUGGAGACAAAAGUAGAACUGAGAUCUAAGAGGAGGAGGAUGUUGGGAGAUCCAGAACCAGCAGCCAUCAGUAGGUCGUUGGUAACUUUAACCAGAGCUGUUUCGGUGCUGUGCAAGGGCCGGAAGCCAGACUGGAAAACCUGAUUAGAUGACAGAUGCGAUUGAAGCUAGUUCGCAACCACUUUCUCCAGUACUUUUAAUAGGGAAGGGAGGUUGUACAACGACCUCGCCCUUAUCAGGUUGUGUACUACAGAGACAACAACACCAUCUGCUGGAGAGGAUAAAAAAGGUUAUGUUCCUCAUAGAGCAGAUUACCUUUCUAAAGGUAAAGACCCGACCAGACCAGAACCGUACUCAGCUAACGCUGAUAUUUUCUUGUCACAUUGUUCUUUCCAGCACAGUUCCUGCAUCUAUAGUGGAUGCUAAACCAGGCGAGUGCAGUACAGCUUGGUUCGGCUCAGCUCGGCUCAAUAGUGUGGAAAAGGUAUAGAACACCAGACAACACGAGAGCAUUGGCCAACUAGAAAAGGGAAAUAGAUUUGUCUCAAGCAACUCCACCUUUGAGGUUAGUCAAUAUUUGACAUCCAUUCAUGUGCUUACAUCUAUUAAAUGCUUUGUUCACCUGUAUUGUUCACCUGCCUGAGGACAUUUCAGCUAACUCUAGUACAAUGUAUCACAUUUCUUGUGAGAUGUAUGUUUUAAUUGUAUGUUGUCCCUGUCAAAUAAAGUGGUAGUACAGGGUUGAUUUUACAAUGAAAUAGUCUAGGAGAGGAAGCCAGGGAUUAGUUUUGGACUAGACUCAUAUGUAAUUUACACAGGCAGCCCAAUUCUGAUAUAUUUUCCACUAAUUGGUAUUUUGACCAAUAACAUCAGAUCUUUUUAGUCCGAUAUUUUUCAGAGCUGAUCUGAUUACUGGAAAAAAAUCUGUCUAAAAAUAGCCUUGGUGUGGUAGAGCAAGUUGGAUGUAGUGAGGGGUUACUUCUACCACUAGAGGGCAAUAUAAGCUUACAUUUCAAUUCGGCAAGCUGUUCUCAAUAUCAAGCCCAGAGACAUAUGGAAUAAGAACAAAAUUGUAUGUUUGUUUAGACACCAGAAAAUGUUUGUUUAGACACAAAAAAUCCUAUAGAGGUAUCUGAAAUGUUAAUGUUGUGCGUUGUUUUUGUGAUUCCUACUUCCUUAUUGUAUGUUAUUUCUCUCUCUCUCUCUCUCUCUCUCUCUCUCUCUCUCUCUCUCUCUCUCUCUCUCUCUCUCUCUCUCUCUCUCUCUCUCUCUCUCUCUCUCUCUCUCUUUCCCCUUCUCUUUCCCUACAGUCUGGUCAUGAAAUUAUUCUUUCAUAUGAGUUGUUGGCACCACUAGCCAUCACCAAGGGAGGAGGCUAAGCAGUCCUUUAGGGUUAGGGUUAGGAGUCCUUUAGGGUUAGGGUUAACAGUCCUUUAAGGGUUAGGGUUAACAGUCCUUUAGGGUUAGGGUUAACAGUCCUUUAGGGUUAGGGUUAGGAGUCCUUUAGGGUUAGGGUUAACAGACCUUUAAGGGUUAGGGUUAGCAGUCCUUUAGGAUUAGGAUUAGCAGUCCUUUAGGGUUAGGGUUAGCAGUCCUUUAGGGUUAGGGUUAACAGUCCUUUAGGGUUAGGGUUAACAGUCCUUUAAGGGUUAGGGUUAACAGUCCUUUAGGGUUAGGGUUAACAGUCCUUUAGGGUUAGGGUUAGGAGUCCUUUAGGGUUAGGGUUAACAGACCUUUAAGGGUUAGGGUUAGCAGUCCUUUAGGAUUAGGAUUAGCAGUCCUUUAGGGUUAGGGUUAGCAGUCCUUUAGGGUUAGGGUUAACAGUCCUUUAGGGUUAGGGUUAACAGUCCUUUAAGGGUUAGGGUUAACAGUCCUUUAGGGUUAGGGUUAACAGUCCUUUAGGGUUAGGGUUAGGAGUCCUUUAGGGUUAGGGUUAACAUACCUUUAAGGGUUAGGGUUAGCAGUCCUUUAGGAUUAGGAUUAGCAGUCCUUUAGGGUUAGGGUUAGCAGUCCUUUAGGAUUAGGAUUAGCAGUCCUUUCGGGUUAGGGUUAGCAGUCCUUUAGGGUUAGGGUUAACAGUCCUUUAGGGUUAGGGUUAACAGUCCUUUAGGGUUAGGGUUAACAGUCAUUUAGGGUUAGGGUUGACAGUCCUUUAGGGUUAGGGUUAACAGUCCAUUAGGGUUAGGGUUAACAGUCCUUUAGGGUUAGGGCUAGCAGACCUUUAGGGUUAACAGUCAUUUAGGGUUAACAGUCCUUUGGGGUUAAGGUUAGCUUUCCUUUAGGGUUAGGGUUAACAGUCAUUUAAAGGUUAGGUUUAACAGUCCUUUAGGGUUAACAGUCCUUUAGGGUUAGGGUUAACAGUCCUUUAGGGUUAGUGUUAACAGUCGUUUAGGGUUAGGGUUGACAUUCCUUUAGGGUUAGGGUUAACAGUCCUUUAGGGUUAGGGUUAACAGUCCAUUAGGGUUAGGGUUAACAGUCCUUUAGGGUCAGGGUUAACAGUCCUUUAGGGUUAACAGUCCUUUAGGGUUAACAGUCCUUUGGGGUUAAGGUUAGCUUUCCUUUAGGGUUAGGGUUAACAGUCCUUUAAAGGUUAGGGUUAACAGUCCUUUAGGGUUAGGGUUAGCAGUCCUUUAGGGUUAGGGUUAGGGUUAGGGUUAGGGUUAACAGUCAUUUAAAGGUUAGGUUUAACAGUCCUUUAGGGUUAGGGUUAACAGUCCUUUAGGGUUAGGGUUAACAGUCCUUUAGCGUUAGGGUUAAUAGUCCUUUAGGGUUAGGGUUAACAGUCCUUUAGCGUUAGGGUUAAUAGUCCUUUAGGGUUAGGGUUAACAGUCCUUUAGCGUUAGGGUUAAUAGUCCUUUAGGGUUAGGGUUAACAGUCCUUUAGGGACCAUUGACUUCUACUUGAUGCAACCAGUAGCAGGGAGAGAAGCUUCACAACCUGACCUGUGUGUUGGUUUUGGGAUCCUUGUGCCCAAUGAUUCAUACACACCGUUCCCUCAAUUGGUUGCUUUUAGAACCUGCGUCUUCCUCGUCACAGAGGAACCCUCUGUGUCUCUGUGUGUGUGUGUGUGUGUCUGUGUCUGUGCGCAUGUGUGCAUGUGUGUAUGAGUGCGUGUGCACGCGUGAGAGUGUGUGAGACUGCGGACUGCGAGUUAGACUUCAUUCAUUCAUUCUAGCAGACUGCCUGGCUGUUCAUGAGCUCAUUGGGGUCAGGUUUAUUCAUGCAGAGAUGCUUGUGAAGGUCUGGUCUACACUGACCCUGAGUUAAAUAUACAGUAGCCUACAGUAUUUAGUAAUCUGUGGGUCCCCUGCCCUAAAACAUAAGAAACAAAAGUCCAUUCAUAGGUAACAAAUAUAUUUGUGUACAAUUAUAGUAAUAUAUGUACUGGUUUCUAAAAAUACAGUGAAGGCUCUCAUCACCUGUGAGAUAUGACCUGUUAGUUAGAGAAACGACUUCUCAUAUCAUCAUUACUGACUGUGUUAGAACUGCAUGUCUUUAACUGUUUUGAUCAGUACUGUUAGAACUGUAUGUCUUUAACGGUUUUGAUCAGUAUUGUUAGAACUGCAUGUCUUUGACUGUUUUGAUCAGUACUGUUAGAACUGUAUGUCUUUAACGGUUUUGAUCAGUAUUGUUAGAACUGCAUGUCUUUGACUGUUUUGAUCAGUACUGUUAGAACUGUGUACAUCUUUCCCUCACCAGGAUGAUUCUAUAACUUUCCCUCUGUAGGACUUAUCUGAGCAUAUGUUUCUCUAACCAGAUCUACUCUAUGCAUGUCUUUCCCCUACUACAUCUACUAGACUUUAUAAAGUUGUUCCUGAAAGGCACAUGUUGGCUAUAGAGCAUCUAUUCCUCCUUAGAGGUAUGUACAGUAUACACACACAGACACUGGCUGAUGCAACUACACACACACACAACCACACACACAAUCCCCUCCCCAAACACCCCUACACACAGUCGGUGAAGACUGCAGCAUUGUGCGACACAGAGUAGGUGUGAGGUCAGACAGUACUAAGUGCUCCCUCUGGAUUUGGCUCACAGGAAAAGACCAAUGAUUUGGAGGACUGGAGCUCUGAGACAAGCUCUUGUGUCCUCUAGCCAGCUGGGAAAAGGAGGGAGGGGAGAGAAGGAGGGAGGGAAGGGAGGGAGGCAAGGAGGGAGGGAGGGAGGGCGGUAGUUACAAAUGCCCAAUCUAACUCACUAAACUCUGACCAUGCUUUUAGAGAAACGUCAGAUCUGCUCUGUGGAGGAGAGAAGUAUUAAACAGAGGUAAACAGCUUAAGGUAAAAAUCCUAAGGCACAGAUCUAGGAUCAGUUUACACGCUCUGAUUUCUAAAAAAAACUGACCUCAGAUCAGUGUCUAGAAGCAACUUCUUCCUACUUUGAGAUCUCAUCUGUCUCAGCAUAUUUCUCUGGAUUACUGGACAACUAUAACUAACCCUGGGUUUGCCGGUGUUAAACUAGACAACUAUAACUAACCCUGGGUUUGCUGGUGUUUACCCCUGGACAACUAUAACUAACCCUGGGUUCGCUGGUGUUAAACCCUGUUCAGCAUGGCUGCUGUGGGAAGGAGAUGAUGACUGACUAUGGUGAGUUUUUACCUCUCACGUUGAAUACAAGGGUUGAAUUGGGAUAUAUUGAAACUGUUCCCAAAAUGUGUCUUUUUCCAAAAAGAUUUUUAAGAAUCCAUUUUUAUGAACUUCUUUGUUGUGUACCACACUAAGGUGGUGAACAUGUUUUCCAACUGCCCAAAUUCAACUGAAUAACUCCUUCGUGGAAAGACAGAGAAUAUUGUAUGAAGUAACAGAGAAUACUAACAGAGAAUACUGAUCAUAUCAUACAAUAAUUCACACAACAAUAUCACAUUGGUAAUGUGUGUUUCUUUAACUUAUGACUUUACUCAGGAAGAGCAUUAAAUCUAUUACUUAGGAAGAGCUUUGAAUGUAUUACAUGGAGUCCUGGGAUCCGUAAAAUACUUUGGAUGAUAUUUUGCAACUAUCAAAAUUGGUUGCAGAGCAGUUCAAUGGUGCACUUGUUGGCCUUGAGAGAUGGAUGUGUGUAUACAAGCACACACACACGCACGCACGCACACACGCACGCACACACGCGCACACACACACACACACACACACACACACACACACACACACACACACACACACACACACACACACACACACACACACACACACACACACACACACACACACACACACACACACACACACACACACACACACACACUACCUUCCUGAGUAGACCAAUUACGUAACACUGUGUGUGUCCAGCAGCUCCAAGACAUCUUUAAAAACACAAAUAGCCAAGUGAAUACAGGGGUGGAUGGGCAAGGCUUCCUCUUUGGCUAACACACAGGGACACAUUACAUUGUUGGCCGGAGAAUGCUAGCCCAUGCUAGCCACAGACUGGACACACUUGCUAUACACUGCAUGCUUAGCAUUCCACAUAAACACACAACAUAACGGAAACUGACAGUUAUCCAGACUGAAUCUCCACAGACUGAAUUUAAAGGAAAACUCCUCCCCAAAACUAUCUUCUGGUAUUUGUUCCAUCAGUCAAUUGUUGAUAUUGUCCCAAAAUGUCAGCAGUAAAGUUUUCAAGAUAUGUAACUUUCAAAAUACAGAUAUACAGCCGGUAUGAUGCAUUUUCCAUCAUAUGAAGCAAAAUACAUCAUACUUCUGUAUUUCUGUAUUUUGAAAGUUACAUAUCUUGAAAACUUUAUUGCUGACAUGCAAAACACUUUGGGACUAUGUCAACAAUGGACUAAUGGAACAGAUACCAGAAGAUCGUUUUGGGGUGGAGUUUUCCUUUACGUUAAAGGUGCAAUCUAGGAUUCCUACAACAACAAAGCGACAGAUUUGAUAGCUGAACUAAGUUCAUGAGGCAUGUAUUGGUUAAAUUCUUAAAGAAUCAAUGGCUAUUUAUUAUUCCAAUCCAACCAAAUGCAGCUACAGGAUAUGAAUACAUUCAUUAUCCAUGAUUGAGUGACUAUACAGAAGGCACUGUAAAGUUAUUGAAAAGAAAACAUUGUUAUGUUAUGUCCUUUAACCUAAUAUGGAACAACACACACUUUGUUUGCCUCCCUCAUCUGCAGAGGUCCAGCCCCCUCUCUCUCUCUGAAUCACGUUCUGUUGCACUCAGUAAUGCCAGCUCAUCGCUGCAGCUAUGGGCAGAAAAUUUGUUUUCUGUGAGAGCACUGGCAUUCACGCAUGCACGACUAGUGAGCGCAGCGCGCACACACGCGGGCGCAUUCGCACACACACACACACGCACACACACACACACACACACACACACACACACACACACACACACACACACACACACACACACACACACACACACACAAACAGACACACACACACACACCUUCAUAUACAGCCCUCUCUCUCUCUUCCCAAUCCAAAGUUCUCAGAACAGUGUUACUGCUGUGUCCCAUUACAUCAGUACUUUAUUCGUGUCAGAGGAAAUUCCGAGUCACUCUGUAGUGCUGCUGUUCCAUUACUGGAAGACGUGAACGUUCCUCCCUUAAGUCCUUUAAACAAGUGACCUUAUACCAGAGGAUUAUACAAAACACACAUAGAAAUACACACGGUCACAGUCACCAACUCUGUGCCUGGCAAGGGCCUAGAAAUAUAAUGACUGGCAUGGGUUCACUCAAUAUGGCCGCCGGUCCACCCAUCAUGGUACAUUGACUUUAAUGAGAAUGUCUGUUCUAGUUAUUCUAUUUCUAUGGGCUAAAAACAAACAAACAAAAAAGGCUAAGGUCUAAUAGCGCCAAGUAUUGGAGUACAGAACCAACUGAAAACCUGGGCAGUAGAUGCUGGGUACCUAGAUACUAUGAUGAGAUGGCAUUUCUGUGUUCAACAGCCAAAAUGUGUAUAUUGCUUUUUCCUAAAUGCAUUUCUGGCAAAGUGCUUAACAAUAACCUGGGCCCGACCCCUAAAGACAUGGCAGCAAUAGCAGCAGAAGGACAGGGGCUGCUAUGGACAAACUCCCUAAGACGAACUACCUUAAGAGGAACCAGGCUCUAAAGAAGGAGCCCAUCCUCCUCUUGUUUGGCAGGUAUACGUUCAGAUAACAUUCUUACCAGCUUCGCUCGUAAUUUAACAUUUGCAUUAGUAUUUACACUUCACAUUCUAGUUUGUUAUUAAGGCACAUGAAAGAUCACAUUUUCAAGAAGGAAGUUCUGCAAAAAAAUGAAUUUUGAUGAAAACACUUCGUUCGCAUGCUGCGUCACAUAUGACAAUCUAGACCAGAGUCAUUGUAGGCCCAGGCAUGUCACUGCUGACACAGGCUAUCUACCCUGUAGACCUAUUCUUUCACUUUCACUUUGGUAUAGCCAAUUAUCUGAAAGCAAAUAUUAGAAAAGCCAUUCAUAUCUACCUAGUGCACUAACCAAUACCCAACCCUGAGUAGAAGUCAAGUCAACAGUCUAGAAGAGGCAAGUUGACCUUGAGCUUAAGCUGUGUCAGCAUCAGUGUGUGUGUGUGUGUGUGUGUGUGUGUGUGUGUGUGUGUGUGUGUGUGUGUGUGUGUGUGUGUGUGUGUGUGUGUGUGUGUGUGUGUGUGUGUGUGUGUGUGUGUGUGUGUGUGUGCGUGUGUGUGUGUGCGCGCGCACGUGCGUGUGGGGUUUACUGUGCUCGCAAACCAACAUGGGGAGAGAGAGAGAGAGAGACAGAGCGAGAGAGAGAGAGAUAGAGAAGGGGGAGGAGAGAGAGAGAGACAGAGCGAGAGAGAGAGAUAGAGAAGGGGGAGGAGAGAGAGAGAGAGACAGAGCAAGAGAGAGAUAUAGAGAAGGGGGAGGAGAGAGAGAGAAGGGAGAGAGAGAUAAGUGGGGAGGAGAGACAGAGAGACAGAGCGAGAGAGAGAGAUAGAGAAGGGGGAGGAGAGAGAGAGGAGGGAGAGAGAAAGAUAAGUGGGGAUGAGAGAGAGAGAGGUUACAGGCAGCAGUGAACAGUAAACAGAGGAAGAUAGAGAGGGAUGGAGAGAGAGGACGACCUUCAACAAACCUACAAGAUGAUGCAGAUCCAUGUCUCCAGUCUAUCUACUGUAUCUGAGCUGAGGGAUUAUUAGCCAACCUGAAGCAUUUACAACAAACACACUAAAUGGGACUGUGUGCUGCUUGCCUCAUCAUUACAAUAAUGACAAACAUCCUUCCGUUAUCAGUGCUGCCAAUUAUCUUUAAAAAACAACAUGUGGUUUCCACUUAGCCUCACAUGUGUUAUUGGAAGACCACACCAUAGUGUUGUAUCAACCAGCAGACAGAGAGGUAUUUGUCAGCAUGUGACAUCAAGCUCCUGUGGAAGUCAGCUCCUGUGGUCCUUGGACAGGGAACACAGAGAGCAGGGAAGUGACCAAAGACAUGUGGCUGGGACAGGGUUGUGUGUGUGUGUGUGUGUGUGUGUGUGUGUGUGUGUGUGUGUGUGUGUGUGUGUGUGUGUGUGUGUGUGUGUGUGUGUGUGUGUGUGUGUGUGUGUGUGUGUGGAAGUGGGGAAAUGAAGACCCAAUAUGCAUUGGCUCAGCAUGAGAGCCCUGUCAGUCAGCAUUUUAUUUUUUAUAUUUUUUUAUAUUCCCCUUUAUUACUUUCCAACCCUGCCACCCUUUCCCCACUUGGAGUAAACUAGUGAACAACAACGCCUAGGCCUCUACUUCCAGCCCAUACCCACUAUCUACAUUUUAUGGACACAGUCAAUUUUACAGUAAUUACAUUUUGUUUGUUCUUUCUCCUGAACUUCUUCUACUCUCAACCUUUCCGAUCAUUUUCAUGAUGUCCAUCCGGUUUGCUUCUAUAUGCCAUAUCUUUCUAACUGUGCUCCUUCACAAAAGCUCCCAACCUACAACCCAUACACUUAUUAUGGAUACAGCGUGCCUACAUUAUUAGUUAUCUUGUUAUUGUUUGUUGUUAGUUGUUAUUAGUCCCAUCCUUCAAUUCCAUUCAACACCUCCCAUCUAUCUAUUAACACCAGUCAGUCAGCAUUGCUUAUAACAUGUUAUGUCAUUGAUAUGACAGUCUUAUGUAGCCUUUAUGACACAGGGUUCAUACUAAGUCUUACCCUUUCAUAUUUUUGUUAAUAAUUGUUUUUAGUUCUAAUUUUUUUUCUUCUAUUCUUGGGCAUUAUUGACAGGCGUUAUUGCAGAGAAUAUCUCUCUCUCCAGAUUACUCUAUGGAAUUAUUUACAUUCCAAGCUGUCUGGUUUCUCUCAUUAUUGCAAUUGGUCUCAAAAACAGGCAUCGUUCCACCAUGAAUGAAGUGUUUUGUAAAUGAUCUAAUUCACUGGGCUGGGAACAUCAAGUACCCAAUGUUAUUUUGAAGCGGCACUGAUAGCCAUUUACUGGGCUGGGAACAUCAAGUACCCAAUGUUAUUUUUAAGCGGCACUGAUAGCCAUUUACUGGGCUGGGAACAUCAAGUACCCAAUGUUAUUUUGAAGCGGCACUGAUAGCCAUUUAUUGGGCUGGGAACAUAAAGUACACAAUGUUAUUUUGAGGUGACACUGAUAGCCAUUUUUAUUGGUCGUGUGACAUCAUCAGAACAAGCAACCAACCAAUCAAAUGUACUUUCACGUCUCCAGACCAAUGAGGGGAUUAUAUUAAUGCCCUGGGCCUGCCCCUGGUGAACCGGGUUAGCGUUGAAUGCAUUCGUUCUGGAACCGGGAUCCCUCCUCGGCGUGAGCCAGGUGCCCCAUUUUGGCCAACCGCAAAGUAGUCUCAAAACAAAAGUGACGUAGGUUAAGCACGUGGCGUAGUGAGUAGGAUUCUGUGUUUUUACAUGGAGAAGUGUUUGCUUUUGAUAAAAAGGCUUUAUCUGCCUUCCCAAUGAAAACGAGUAAAAAAAAAAAUAGAACAUAUAUUUUAUGGAAAAGAGAUGUAUGUUUCUGAACGAUGCAUCAUGCUGCCUUGUUGACAACAUGACGAGGAGCGCAGAUUACUGUUCGAUUUAAGAAUGGCGCUCCUCCCUCACUGCUUUCGCCUGUUCACGUCACGGGCCAAAGGCCACUGCACUUAUUCGAACAACCUCAAAGAAUGAUGAAUAAUGUUGAUUGUUAUUUAAGAGGAAAUGCUUUCCAAAGAGUCACACAUGCACAACAACAUGCACAACUACCAGAAUUUGUCAUGGGAUGCAAUUUCUGUUUGUAAACAAAUUUCCUGGUUGUAGAGAUGUGCGAUUACAGUUUAAACCAGGAUUUCACAGAAUAAAUAAUAAUGAUGUCUUUGCAAACAGUUUGGCUUCCUGGGUCUAUACAUGACAGUCAACAGCAAACAACACAAUACAGAGAAAGGGUCUGUACAUGACAGUCAACAGUCUGUACAUGACAGUCAACAGCAAACAACACAAUACAGAGAAAGGAUCUGUACAUGACAGUCAACAGCAAACAACACAAUACAGAGAAAGGGUCUGUACAUGACAGUCAAAAGCAAACAACACAAUACAGAGAAAGGAUCUGUACAUGACAGUCAACAGUAAACAACACAAUACAGAGAAAGGGUCUGUACAUGACAGUCAACAGCAAACAUAACAAUACAGAGCAAAGCAUGACAGUGGGGUUGAUUUACUGUAUGUAAAGUAAGUAAGUAAGCAGCCCAUAGGGCAGGAGUAUAGAUAUCCCAAUAUAUUACUAGAGAGACUAUGUCAUAAACCCUCAACGUUCCAGAAUGGUAUGAAAAGCCAUUGUGGUCAGGGAGAAAUCCAAAGCAGUCUAAUUGGAAUGAAUGGCAGUAGAGGCAUAAUCCAGAUUUGACUUCUGCAGGAAGAUACAAAUAAAACAUGUGCUAUAUCAGACAUUGUGUAAUAGAAUGAUUGUUAACCUAAAACAUUCUCAUAUAAUUAUAAAUACAGUUGAUACAGGUGUUAUAGACAUGUUCUGUAUAAAUAGCCUCUAAAAUAUAUGUCAACAGACCAUAACUGUCUCAAUGUUUGUUUUCUUGGAAAGCUGGUGUAAUAAACGUUGCUAUAAUAUCAUACAGUGUCAGUACUUUGUUGCAUUUACAACUUCUCUAAGUCCUAACAGCUAAUGAUUUCAGCCAGUGUCUGGCUGUGGAUUGACUGCGUCAUUUGUAUGGAAUGUUGGCAUAUUGACAGUUAAUUUGAACAAUUAUUGGAAUCAUUCCACUUAAACUGACUGGCUAGCUAGCUAAUAAACAUACUGUGCAGAAAAUCUUCAAAUUGUUUGUUUUCCACAGUAUCAUAUCUCAGAACACAGUGUAUGUAGCCUGCUGUAUACUUAGCUAAGUGUUUCUGACUUGAGUGAAACAGCAACAUCUAUAAUGCAUAUGCAGGGUCAUCAUAUAAGUUUAUUAUAGUGAGAGAGUAGCAGUUAGUCAGGAGACCUUCACUUAUACUAUUAGUGUGAUGAACACACCAACUCCCAACUCUUACUACUACGACUGCUACUGGACUAUACUUCUAAUACUAAUAAUAGUCUAUACUAUUAUUACUAGUGCUACAGUGGUACACUUAUAUACCAUUUACUUGUAUGCAUCAGUAAAUCAAAUCAAAUGUUAUUAGUCACAUUCUUCAUAAACAACAGGUGUAGACUAACAGAGAGAAAGAAAAUAGAGAAAUAAUAAAAAAGUAAAACACAGAAUAAUAAAAGUAAUGGUAACACUUUACUUGACACCUAGCAUCAUAACACUUUAUGACACGAUCAUAACUAUGUCAUAAUAUGUCAUAACAGCUGACAUAACUUGUCAUAACCUGUCAUAAUAUGGUCCUAACACUGUCAUGACACAUAUAUUUAGACCUGUUGUGACAUGUAUCUCGUUAUUUUAUGGCUGGUUAUGACACCUACAUAAGAGUGUCAAAACCCACAAGACCUACCACACAAGGCAAAACAUUCCAUUACACCAUGGCCUACUUGUCAACAGUAUUUGUUAUAUGAAAUUUUCUGAAAUUGACCAUAUUUAAUUAUCAUUGUAAUUGCGCAUACAUUGAUGUCAGACAUGCACCUACCCCAAUGCUCUGUUGCUGAUGACUGGGAUGAGUGCAGGAGCAGAUUUCAGGAGCAGGACAAGACACUCUGACUGAUGACUGGCAGCCUAUCUGGCUAAGCCUAUCUGGCUUAUAUUUUUAUGAUGGUCAUAACGCUUCUUGACAUUGUCAUAAAGUGUAUUUUCUUAGUCCAAGUAAAGUGACACAGGAUGAUGAUAAUGGUUCAUAACAGUGUCAUGAAGUGUAUUUUCAACAAGUUAUUCAAAAUACAAUGAAAAUGGAAAUUUCUUGGCAGGGAAAAAACACAUUUGAAUAAAUAUAGGUUUUGACACUCUUAUGUAGGUGUCAUAACCAGCCACAAAAAGAACGCAAUAUAUGUCACAACAGAUGUAAAUAUAUGGGUCAUGACAGUGUUAUGACAUAUUAUGACAUGGUUAUGAUCGUGUUAUAACGUGUCAUGACACUAGGUGUCAAGUAAAGUGUUACCAAAGUAAUAAUAGAUGCACAGUGAGUAAUGAUGACUUGGAUAUAUACACGGGGUACCAGUACCGAGUCGAUGUGCAGGGGUAUGAGGUAAUUGAGGUAGAUACGUACAUAUAACUAUACUCUUAGAAAAAAACUUGCUAUCUAGAGCCUUAAAUGGUUCUUCGGCUGUUCUUCGGCUGUCCCCUUUUUGGUUCCAGGUAGAACCCUUUUGGGUUCCAUGUAGAACCCUUUCUACAGAGGGUUCUACAUGAAACACAAAAGGGUUCUACCUGGAACCAAAAAGGGUUCUGCCUGGAACCAAAAAGGGCUCUCCUAUGGGGACAGCCGAAGAACCCUUUUGUAACCCUUUUUUCUAAGAGUGUAGGAAUAAAGUGAGUAGGCAACAGGAUAGACAAUAAACAGUAGCAGCUGGAUCAGUUGAAAUGUGUAUGGGUUUGUUUACUUUAUUAUGUAGGGGUUUUCCUAUUCUAAGUGUUGCGUUCCAAAUGCCACCCUAUUCCCUAUUUAGUGCACUACUUUUCACCAGGGCUCAUAAGGCCAUUUGGGAGGCACUUUGUGAGCCCAGAACAAUCUCAGUGCAGAUCUCCGUUAGUGUGGUUACUUUAAGUUCAUGGUCUCCAUGACCUCAAAUCCCGGGGGAAGGAGCUUUGGUGUGUGUGUGUCCGUGCACAUGUGUGCACGUGUGUGCAUGUGUGUGCACGUGUGUAUAUUAAUGCGUGUCUUUGUUUGCACGUACAUGUGUGUUUACAGUGUGUGCAGUCUAAAUAUCAGGAGUCUGAUUAAGCCCUAUUCAGGAGGCUCUAGCAGCAACAUGCUGCUGUUUUCAGGGAAGAAAAGAUCUCUUAUCUCUGCUUCGACCAUUGCCUCAGCAGAUUCUCAGAACACUUAUGACACACACAAGCAUGCAAGCAUGCAUGCACGGACACACACACACACGCACGCUCACACACACACACACACACACACACACACACACACACGCACACAUGCAGACACACACAUAUACACGUACACAUACACACUCACACACACAGACAGACUUCCUAAUUGAAUUUUCGAAUUGCCUUGCAGAGUGUCCCUCUCCAUUAGCCUGUGUGCCGGCUGGGAGGAGUGUGUGUGAGAGUGUGUUAGCAGCACACACACAAGCAGCACACACACACACUCUAACGGCCAUGCCCCAGAGAUACUCCUACCAGAGGAGGAAAGCCAGCACGGCAGCAGCUCGGAGGAUGGAGAGGCGAGGCAGGGACUCUGGGAAGAGCAACACCACCAACGCUAGCCACAGCCACCGCCACCGCUCCAACAAGCUAGCCAUGCUCUCCAGGUAUGGAAUCUGUUCGUAGCACACCGCUCUUCAGGCUGCUUGGUUUAGUCAAAGCCAAUGUGCGGAGGCCUUGCUGGGAGCAUAAUGGAUUUUUGGUUGGAAUACGAGGUAGCAACGAUAUGCCUUUUCCUUUUCCCGUUAAUUCUUCUUCUUCUUCUUCUUCUUCUUCUUCUUCUUCUUCUUCUUCUUCUUCUUCUUCUUCUUCUUCUUCUUCUUCUUCUUCUUCUUCUUCUUCUUCUUCUUCCUUCCAGGUCUCUGAUCCUCUGUCACUCCAGGGCCAGUGAUGACUGCCCCAGCCCCGAAGAGAAACAGCCAGGGGAGGGCUGGGAGGGAGACGGGGGCUUGGGGAGAGACGGGGAGGGGGACAGAGAGGGGGAAAGGUACCGGAAGAAGAUCCAGGAAGGACCCCAGGAGAGUGGAGGAACUAUGCAGGCAUCUACACAGCCACCCGUAGAGGCCACCAACACACUCAGGGCUACAGGAGAACACAAGAGGAAUAUGAGGAGGUCCUUCAGUAUCAAGGUAUGAAUGGGGAUCAUUUGCUUAUAACAUUAUGGAGUUGUGUUUGGACAUUUCAAUGAUAUAUUACAUCAUAAUGUGGUGCCAAGCCAACAGGGUUGCUGUUUGCAAAGUGCUAUUAACAAUGUAUGCCUCCUGGUCCUGAAUUAUGACUGUUCUGCACAGUGCUAUCUUUGCAUUGGUUGUUUUUAUCAAUACAUUUGUAGAAAUAAUGUGAAAACCAUUUUUUUGGCACAUAAUCAUUGUUAAUGCACGUUAUACACACUAUUACUUAACUAAGAGAACUAUGAUAAGAAGUUUUAAUGAAUCUGGAAAAACUAAAAAUAUGUGUGUUUAUGUCAGUCCAGUCCCUCAGGCAGUGUAUUGGUAAGACAUGUAGAUCCUUUCUCAGCUGACAGGCUGACAGCUAGGCAUCAAGAUGGAUUAGCAUACCAUGUUCAGGUACCAUACAUGUUGCAUGUUAAGACUGUUACUGCUAUUGCAAGAGUGAACAAGCUAAAGACUCCAGCCUUCAAAAGCAUAUGACUUACUUCUUGUUAUGUGUGGUGGGUAGAGAGUCUUAGUUGCUCAAAAGGGGUCAGAUCCUCACUUGAAACAUGCAUUGAAGACAAUGGGAGAUUUGUGGGGGGGGGGGGGAUGAAUAAUGCAUGUUGAUCUCAAGUUAGGACUUGUCUCAAUAUGAAAAGCAUUUAGGAUAAAACAUAUACAAUACAGUAUUGUAUCUGAAGAUUGAGUCCAGUGUAUGAAGAACUCUUGGUACUACCCAUAAUACAGUCUGGAAUGUGUUCCUCUAGUCAUCUCUGUCUGGACUGGGUUCCUCUAGUCAUCUCUGUCUGGACUGUGUUUCUUGUGCAAAUGCAUAACAGCAAUCACAUGGCCUGUGUGUCAGAGGGCUGAGUGCUGCUGUUGGGCCUGUUUCACUCACACACAAAGAAAGUGUUUGUUGGGAACCAGGGGAGGGAGAGAGGUAUUAGACCACAUUGGAGGGAAAGACAUGUUAACUAGCUAACACAAGGCUAUGAGGACAUUUCACUGAUGUCAUAGAGCCUCGGGACAAUGUGGCCAUGUUCAAAUACUUAAUAAAUGCACCCUUCCUUCCUUCAUUCCUCCCCUAUUUGAGGUUAUGGCUGGUCUGUUAGUCUUGUUCCUAGCUAUGUGUUAUAAAAUAAAAGCAUCACCUCUGUCAGUAACUGUGAACUCACAUGGCUGAUUCUAUUCAGGCCAAUCUUCAGCCAGAUUGAUGUCAGGAAGUAAUGUUCCGUAGCAGACUGAUUCUGUUCAGGCUAACCUUCAGCCAGGUUGAUGUCAGGAAGUAGUGUUCCGUAGCAGACUGAUUCUGUUCAGGCCAACCUUCAGCCAGAUUAAUGUCAGGAAGUAGUGUUCCGUAGCAGACUGAUUCUGUUCAGGCCAACCUUCAGCCAGAUUAAUGUCAGGAAGUAGUGUUCCGUAGCAGACUGAUUCUGUUCAGGCCAAUCUUCAGCCAGAUUGAUGUCAGGAAGUAGUGUUCCGUAGCAGACUGAUUCUGUUCAGGCCAAUCUUCAGCCAGAUUGAUGUCAGGAAGUAGUGUUCCGUAGCAGACUGAUUAUGUUCAGGCCAACCUUCAGCCAGAUUGAUGUCAGGAAGUAGUGUUCCGUAGCAGACUGAUUAUGUUCAGGCCAACCUUCAGCCAGAUUAAUGUCAGGAAGUAGUGUUUAGCGGCAGACUGAUUAUGUUCAGGCCAACCUUCAGCCAGAUUGAUGUCAGGAAUUAAUGUUCCGUAGCAGAACAUAAAUCAGAGUUCAUGAAUGAAUGAAUGCUAGUUAUUUAAUCACUAGGAUAACAUGAGGACUAUGUCACAAGACAGUAUGAUCCUAUGGACAUUCAGAGAGAAACCCAAGGUUACCCUAAAGUUUAUGAAUGAACUCUAUUCACCAAGGUUAGGUCGAUUCCAUGUCAACUCAUUAAGAGUGAAUUCGUUGAUAGUGAAGCGGAAGGCUGUCAUUUAAAAACUGUCAUAUAAAGAUCUUACCGUUGAUUAUGACAAGACACACCUGGUGGGUGAAUCAGAGGAAAGAGCUUGUUAGUGUCCAACCGGUCACAAAUUAAUUGAGUUCACAUAGAAAAAAAGGCUUGAUUCCUUUUCAACCCCUGAAUUGGCCUAGGAGAAAUGGAAUUGAGCCCAAUCCUGCUACUCUGAGCUGACAGAAGGCUAUGUCACAGGACAGUCGAUAACAGACAUUCAGAUACAUGCAAAAAUACCAUGAGGGAAACAAACAGUGAGUUGACGUUCACUGUGUUUUACAUUGUUUUAUGUUCAUAUCAUGUGCAUGUUAGAACGUGUGUUUAAUACCUCUGGGUUGUUGUUGUUUAUAUUCAGAUAGAGAUAUAUAAUGGAACAAGGGGAGACAUUGAAAAGGAUAUAGAGAGGGGGUUCCAUGUGCUGCAGGUUACAGCUUUACUCACUAGCCCAGACUCAGGCACCCCACAGUUAGACUACAGCAUUUUACCUCAAAAAAUGUUCAACCGUAGUGGGUGUGGGGCAAUACCUUUACAAUGGUUCCAAAAAUGGCCCCUGCAUUUCAUAAGGACAAUGUCAUGUGAGAUUUAAGUUAAUCAUAUGGUUCUCUUUUAAAAGGAGCCUAAACACACUAGCAGUUCUCAUAAAGGUAACUUAUGCACGCUGUGGCACAGUUCAUAGACCUAUAAAAGCUCUACUACUCUGUUAUUUGUUCUGAAGCUGUCAACCCAUUAACUCAAGGUCUUGAUUUGGUCAUAAAGCCGUCUUUUAAAACCCUGCAUAGAGGUGCCCUUGUGUUGGCUCUGCUGGACUGGACUGUACUGGUAUAAGAAAAGGCCAGGGGAGCCAUAUGUAUCUAACGUCUCAGAGUAGGAGAGCUGAUUUAGGAUCAGCUUUGCCUUUUAGAUCACAAUGAAUAAGAUAAUACAGACAGGGGUGACCUGAUCCUAGAUCAGCACUCCUACUCUGAUGUGCUUGAUACAUAUGCAGUUAGAGUUGUAGCUCUAGUCUAGGCAAUGUGUUUCUUUGACCCCUCUGAAGAUCCGUCCCCAACUUCCCUGGUUUUACUCUCUAAACCAGGGGUGUCAAACGUCCGGCCCGCGGGCCGGAUCAGGCCCGCAAACGGGUUUAAUCCGGCCCGCGAGAUGAUAAAAAAAAAAAAAAAAAAAAAAAAAAAAAAAUAAUAAUAAUAAUAAUUUUGUAAAGUAUAAAAAUGCGCUGCAAUUUUUCAAUAAAAUAAACUGCUGUUCCAAUUGCGUCCACUGGAUUGCGCAAUAGCAAUUGUGUUAAGCAAGCAAACUGUUUAUACCGGGGCAGAGCAAGUAGGUCAAGCACGUGCAGCCAAUGAGCUACUUUGUUUUGCCCGCGAUAUUUAUUACGGCUUCUACUUUUAACAUUAUGUGCUUUGGCACCCUCAUUGCCCCAAUAUGUCUCUGUCAAAAAAGAGAAAAGUGGACGCAGAGUGCAGAGUGUUCCAAGAAAAAUGGUCAUCCUAUUUAUGCUGAAAGAAUAUAACCUUCGUCGCCACUAUGUGAGUCUUCAUGCCGACAAAUAUGGACAACUUCAAGGACACAAGCGGAGAUGAGCGGAAGCCUGAAUGAACUGUUGGCGGGUCUGAAGAACAGAGUCCUAAUGUUUACUCACAGCCCUAGACAAUCAGUGACGGCUGCAGUGAAAGCUAGCUACCCUCAUUGCUAAUGAAAUCCAGUGGCUUCAAAACCAUUUUUGCACUAUCUUGUAUGCACUAUACACUUACUUAACUAAGACUAUGAUAAGAAGUUUUAAUGAAUCUGGAAAACUAAAAAUGUGUGUUUAUGCAGUCCAGUUCCCUCAGCAGUGUAUUGACAGACAUGAGAUCCUUUCUCAGCUGACAGGCUGACAGCUAGGCAUCAGGUGGAUUAGCAUACCAUGUUCAGGUACCAUACAUGUUGCAUGUUAAGACUGUUACUGCUAUUGCAAGAGUGAACAAGCUAAAGACUCCAGCCUUCAAAAGCAUAUGACUUACUUCUUGUUAUGUGUGGUGGGUAGAGAGUCUUAGUUGCUCAAAAGGGGUCAGAUCCUCACUUGAAACAUGCAUUGAAGACAAUGGGAGAUUUGUGGGGGGGGGGGGAAUGAAUAAUGCAUGUUGAUCUCAAGUUAGGACUUGUCUCAAUAUGAAAGCAUUUAGGAUAAAACAUAUACAAUACAGUAUUGUAUCUGAAGAUUGAGUCCAGUGUAUGAAGAACUCCUGGUACUACCCAUAAUAAGUCUGGAAUGUGUUCCUCUAGUCAUCUCUGUCUGGACUGGGUUCCUCUAGUCUUGCGGAUGGGUCCUUAGUCAUCCUGUCUGGACGGGGUUUUCUUGUGCAAAUGCAUAACAGCAAUCACAUGGCCUGUGUGUCAGAGGGCUGAGUGCUGCUCGUUGGGCCUGUUUCACUCACACACAAAGAAAGUGUUUGUUGGGAACCAGGGGAGGGAGAGAGGUAUUAGACCACAUUGGAGGGAAAGACAUGUUAACUAGCUAACACAAGGCUAUGAGGACAUUUCACUGAUGUCAUAGAGCCUCGGGACAAUGUGGCCAUGUUCAAAUACUUAAUAAAUGCACCCUUCCUUCCUUCAUUCCUCCCCUAUUUGAGGUUAUGGCUGGUCUGUUAGUCUUGUUCCUAGCUAUGUGUUAUAAGAUAAAAGCAUCACCUCUGUCAGUACUGUGAACUCACAUGGCUGAUUCUAUUCAGGCCAAUCUUCAGCCAGAUUGAUGUCAGGAAGUAAUGUUCCGUAGCAGACUGAUUCUGUUCAGGCUAACCUUCAGCCAGGUUGAUGUCAGGAAGUAGUGUUCCGUAGCAGACUGAUUCUGUUCAGGCCAACCUUCAGCCAGAUUAAUGUCAGGAAGUAGUGUUCCGUAGCAGACUGAUUCUGUUCAGGCCAAUCUUCAGCCAGAUUAAUGUCAGGAAGUAGUGUUUAGCGGCAGACUGAUUAUGUUCAGGCCAACUUUCAGCGAGAUUGAUGUCAGCAAGUAGUGUUCCGUAGCAGACUGAUUCUGUUCAGGCCAACCUUCAGCCAGAUUAAUGUCAGGAAGUAGUGUUCCGUAGCACACUGAUUCUGUUCAGGCCAACCUUCAGCCAGAUUAAUGUCAGGAAGUAGUGUUCCGUAGCAGACUGAUUCUGUUCAGGCCAAUCUUCAGCCAGAUUGAUGUCAGGAAGUAGUGUUCCGUAGCAGACUGAUUCUGUUCAGGCCAAUUUUCAGCCAGAUUGAUGUCAGGAAGUAGUAUUCCGUAGCAGACUGAUUAUGUUCAGGCCAACCUUCAGCCAGAUUGAUGUCAGGAAGUAGUGUUCCGUAGCAGACUGCUUAUGUUCAGGCCAACCUUCAGCCAGAUUGAUGUCAGGAAGUAGUGUUCCGUAGCAGACUGAUUAUGUUCAGGCCAACCUUCAGCCAGAUUAAUGUCAGUGUAGUGUAUUGAGAUUAUGACUUUCUUAAUGGGUUUAAGUGGAACCUUUGAGGAUGUUUAUUUUAGUGUCAGAGGGAAGGGUUUUAGGGUGACACCCCGGAUAGGACAGAGAAGUCUGUGUGUUGUAGACAGGGGAUUGGACAGUAGAGGGAGCCACCCCUAUCUUGGGAAGAUUAUAUAUACUGGGUAAAAACGACGAAGAGGUUAGAGCAGCCAUUGCAAUCUGGGACGUUGCUCUCCGGGUGGUCAUGACAUCCGUAAACUCAUGCUGAAAGCUUGUGAUAUGAAUAAACUUAUGAUCAAGGUUCAGUAUGAGCGGACUCCUUUGUUUAUCAGCAAUAAUUGCCAGCAUUGACCCGAUACUACAUCAGGAAGUAGUGUUUAGCGGCAGACUGAUUAUGUUCAGGCCAACCUUCAGCCAGAUUGAUGUCAGGAAUUAAUGUUCCGUAGCAGAACAUAAAUCAGAGUUCAUGAAUGAAUGAAUGCUAGUUAUUUAAUCACUAGGAUAACAUGAGGACUAUGUCACAAGACAGUAUGAUCCUAUGGACAUUCAGAGAGAAACCCAAGGUUAUCCUAAAGUUUAUGAAUGAACUCUAUUCACCAAGGUUAGGUCGAUUCCAUGUCAACUCAUUAAGAGUGAAUUCGUUGAUAGUGAAGCGGAAGGCUGUCAUUUAAAAACUGUCAUAUAAAGAUCCUACCGUUGAUUAUGACAAGACACACCUGGUGGGUGAAUCAGAGGAAAGAGCUUGUUAGUGUCCAACCGGUCACAAAUUAAUUGAGUUCACAUAGAAAGAAAGGCUUGAUUCCUUUUCAAACCCCUGAAUUGGCCUAGGAGAAAUGGAAUUGAGCCCAAUCCUGCUACUCUGAGCUGACAGAAGGCUAUGUCACAGGACAGUCAAUAACAGACAUUCAGAUACAUGCAAAAAUACAUGAGGGAAACAAACAUGAGUUGACGUUCACUGUGUUUACAUUGUUUAUGUUCAUAUCAUGUGCAUGUUUAGAACGUGUGUUUAAUACUCUGGGGUUGUUGUUGUUUUAUUCAGAUAGAGAUAUAUAAUGGAACAAGGGGAGACAUUGAAAAGGAUAGAGAGAGGGGGUUCCAUGGUGCUGCAGGGUUACAGCUUUACCCACUAGCCCAGACUCAGGACCCCACAGUUAGACUACAGCAUUUCAUCUCAAAAAUUUUUCAACCGUAGUGGGUGUGGGGCAGUACCUUUACAAUGGUUCCAAAAAUGGCCCCUGCAUUUCAUAAGGACAAUGUCAUGUGAGAUUUAAGUUAAUCAUAUGGUUCUCUUUUAAAAGGAGCCUAAACACACUAGCAGUUCUCAUAAAGGUAACUUAUGCACGCUGUGGCACAGUUCAUAGACCUAUAAAAGCUCUACUACUCUGUUAUUUGUUCUGAAGCUGUCAACCCAUUAACUCAAGGUCUUGAUUUGGUCAUAAAGCCGUCUUUUAAAACCCUGCAUAGAGGUGCCCUUGUGUUGGCUCUGCUGGACUGGACUGUACUGGUAUAAGAAAAGGCCAGGGGAGCCAUAUGUAUCUAACGUCUCAGAGUAGGAGAGCUGAUUUAGGAUCAGCUUUGCCUUUUAGAUCACAAUGAAUAAGAUAAUACAGACAGGGGUGACCUGAUCCUAGAUCAGCACUCCUACUCUGAUGUGCUUGAUACAUAUGCAGUUAGAGUUGUAGCUCUAGUCUAGGCAAUGUGUUUCUUUGACCCUCUGAAGAUCCGUCCCCAACUUCCCUGGUUUUACUCUCUAAACAAACAUAUUUUAUGCUAUCGUAGUCUGUUGGAACCAUCCAUAUGAACCACUAAAAUCCAAUCAAAUCAGAUGUUAUUUGGCACAUGCGCCGAAUACAACAGGUGGAGACCUUACCAUGAAAUGUAUUAACCAACAAUGCAGUUCAACAAAUAGAGUUAAGAAAAUAUUUACUAAAUAAACUCAAGUUAGAAAAAAGAAAAAAGUAACACAAUAAAAUAACUAUAACGAGGCUAUAUACAGGGGGUACCAGUACUGAGUCAUUGUGCGGGGGUACAGGUUAGUCGAGGUAAUUUGUACAUGUAAGUAAGGGUAAAGUGAAUCAAUGUAAAUAGUCUGGGUGGCCAUUUUAUUAAUUAUUCAGCAGUCUUAUGGCUUGAGGGUAGAAGCUGUUAAGGAGCCUUUUGGACCUAGACUUGGCGCUCCGGUACCGCUUGCUGUGCGAUAGCAGAGAGAACAGUCUAUGACUUGGGUGACUGGAGUCUUUGACAAUUUUUUGGGCCUUCCUCUGACACCGCCUAGUAUAUAGGUCCUGGAUGUCAGGAAGCUUGGCCCCAGUGAUGUACUGGGCCGUACGCACUAUGGUCGGAUGCCGAGCAGUUGCCAUACCAGAUGGUGAUGCAACCGGUCAGGAUGCUCUCGAUGGUGCAGCUGUAUAACUUUUUGAGGAUCUUGUGACCCAUGCCAAAUCUUUUCAGUCUCCUGAGGGGGAAAAGGCGUUGUCGUGCCCUCUUCAUGACUGUUUUGAUGUGUUUGGACCAUGAUAGUUUGUUGGUGAUAUGGACACCAAUUGCAGCUUCAUCAACUGAGUGCUAGCCUUUUCGCAUGCUUGUGUCGCUCCUUGACUUAUAACACCCUUGUCUAAUGAAGAAAACAAAGUUGAGCAUGUUGUAACCUCAUCUCUCCUGGGACUGUAUUGGCACAGGAGAGUAUUGCCCCUGCAUAGAGGUCCCCUUGUGCUAACGCUCUGCUUGCCCUAUUGGUGCAGGAGAGCAGUAUCUGGAGGAUGUGUGUAACGACGGGGGCGGGCGAGGAGGGUCUGGGCCUGCAGACGGGCGAUAGCAGCCACCAGACGGAGGACAAAGAGCCCAGUGUGGAGCGAGGGAGGAACGGAGGAGGGGAGGGACACAGGUAGCAAGCCAUACAGAUAUAAGCAGACUGCUAUAAUGCUUUAUUACUUAUUGUAAGCAUGUCUGGGUCUUUAUACUGUCUUCUUAAAGGGAUACUUUGGGAUUUUGUAUGUCUCUGUGUCCAGUAUGAAGGAAGUUGGGGGGACAGAUAGCCUAGCUGUUAAGAGCGUUGGGACAAUAUCUGAAAGGUUGCUGGUUUGAAUCCCCGAGCCGACUAGGUGAAAAACAUGUCGAUGUGUCCUUGAGCAAGGGACUUAACCCUAAUUGCUCCUGUUAGUCGCUCUGGAUAAGAGCAUCUGCUAAAAAGUUAGAGGUAGUUUUGCAAGCCAAUGCUAACUAGCGUUAGCGCAAUGACUGGAAGUCUAUGGGUAUCUACUAGCAUGCUUCAUACUGGACACAGAGACAAAAAAAAAUGGUAUCCACGAGUUUAUCUGACUCUGGGGAAGUAGAUAAAAUCCUGAAGUAUCCCUUUAAGGCUUAUUAUUAUAUGUUAUGGCUUUCUAUGUAAUACAUUUUGAACUGAUUCAAAAUGGCUGUUAGCAUAGUGCAUUAUACCUGUCAGUUUAUGGUUUUUCGAAGAUGGCCUUGCCAAGGCUUGUGUACAACAGUUUGGGAAAUGCAUGCAGCAGAUUCCCAAAGUGUAGUGGCUAAUGUACCCACACUGCCAAACAACAGUGGCUAUUUUUCUAUGCUUAGUUCUCAGAGGAAAGCUUCAAAGCAAUUUCCCUGAAGCUUCUGUCUAACUUUGUCUUUCUGCCUGCUUCUCCAGGAGCAGUUACCUUCAGAGUACAGACAAGCUUGCACCUUUUAACGGACAGUGUCUAAACGGCCAUGCCAGGACAGAGGUGGAGAGGCAGGCCAAGAACGGCCAUGCUGCCAGGACAGAGGGGGAGGGAGGGAGGCAGGCCGCCUGCAGGAACAGCCACAUAACAGCCUACAGUGAGGUAGAACCACUCACAUCCCACUCACAUCCCACUUGUUCUGUUGCUGAAAUUAAGAAAAAAUAUAAAUGUUGGCACUUCAUACCAGACCUGGGUUCAAAUAGUAUUUGUUUUACUUCAAAUGGAGUGCCAUGCAGUGGACGAGGUGUGCACUUGGGGACUAUUCCAUCUUUUCCAUAGACAACUGCUAUGUUUGCCAUUCUAAAUUGAUACAUCCCAUAAUAUGUUCAGUUGGGUCCCAAAUGGCACCCUAUUCCCUGUAUAGUGCAGUACUUUUACCAAAGUAUUGACAAUAUAGGGAAUAGGGUGCCAUUUUGGACCCUCACUAUAAUACAGAUUUGACACUCCACCUGUGUUACAGUAGGUCAUUCUCCAUCAUCCCUCCAGCCACUAAGUCUGUGUGGGUCUGGCAUUUCUUCACAUGCUGUAGCCACAUUCCCAUCCUACAUCCACGAGACACUGGUCCCAGCCAACACUGGUCCCAGAUGGAAUCUGUGGGGCAGAAUAUCUGCAUUGCCUCAGAAAUGAUGUGAAAUCAGAAAUGGAAUGAGUUCAAAUUAAACCAAAUAGUGCAACAAAACAUUGCUAGCCACAGUCACUGCACUGUCAGUAUGUGGGAAAAAGAGCUGCGUAGUGACAUUGAUGACAUUAGAUAUGACAUGCAUUCUGCCUGUACGGGAGUGACAGUUCCAAAUGAUCAAUCAAUCAAAUUGAUGGGGGCCCAUCCUCAUUUGGCUGAACCGGGUAGAAAAUAGUCUCAAAACAGAAAUUGAAUAGGAAAAGAGAUUACUGACUUUGCUGUCAGCCAUUUGGUGAAAAGGGAGAGAGAGAGAGAGAGAUUACAUUUCCCAUAUCUCAUGAAUGGAUAUAGAGUGUGAGUCCUGGCUUAAGUGUUCAUUCUACUUCUCCCACUGCUGUUGAAGCAGCUUUCACUCUACGUGGAAGGCCCUCUCACAUCUUCCUCCCUCAUCCAAUUUGUAAUCAUUUUUCAGAGGUUGGACUGAGGAUAUGUUGAAGCUGUCUCAUGCUAGGUGACACUACAUCUGACCAAGCCAAGUCCCUGUCUGUUUGAGAUGAUACAGAAGGGUAUAAGGACAGAGACUCUCACACACACGCUCAUGCACACUCACAGAGAGAGAGAGAGAGAGAGAGAGAGAGAGAGAGAGAGAGAGAGAGAGAGAGAGAGAGAGAGAGAGAGAGAGAGAGAGAGAGAGAGAGAGAGAGAGAGAGAGAGAGAGAGAGAGAGAGAGAGAGAGAGAGAGCAAGUGAGAGAGAGAGAGAGCAAGUGAGAGAGUGAGAAAGAGAGAGAGAGUGAUACAGACAGACAGAGAAGAAGAGAAGGGAGGGACAGACAAGUAGGAAAGAAUGUCUAAAACAUGUGACAACUUUGGACUCAGCUGAUUGUGUUUUGAACACUGUUUCAGUCUCUCCUUCAAAUCUUUCCCAUAAUACUCAGUCCUGCCUCUAGCAGAGAAAUAGUAUGCGUUGUUAUAGAGACCAAAUUGAAAACAGGAAAUUCAAUCAUUCAAAUCAGACUUCUCUAACUGAAGUGAGCAAGUGUUAAAUAUAUUAACUAAUAUAUUCCAGAUAUUAACUAAAAGGGCAAUCAAUAUUUUAGUAGCUUAUUAUUUCAUUUUAAUUCCAUCAAUCUCUUCCAAGCAUUGAAAUACUAUAUUCACACAUUUUAUUUGGAAUAAUUCUGUAUCUUACACAAUCAGUAUAAGUCCUAAAAACUAUCUCCAAUCAUAGAAAGAUUGACACAUGUACACCAUUGAAUUCCAUAACGAUUAAACUUUCAGUCCUUUCUGUGUGUUUUUGUAGGAAAGCUCAACAUGUGAGCAGCAGCCCCACUCCCCUGGAGGUGUAACCCUGGCAGACCCCCUGAGCCUGGCAGACCCCAUGGCAGUGGCCAACUACACAGAGACAGAACACACUGGGAACAACAACCACCUCAAGGUAUCAAUUAGGACUCUUCUAAGUCCUCUUGAUAAACAUUCACAGACUGUUUGGUUCAGUGUGUCUUCAUUAUCUUUAGGCUUUAACUUUGAAAAUCAUUGUUUGAACAUCCAUUUCCCUCCAAGAGUGGAUGAAUACCUGGGUUGAAUUCAGUAGGGCACAUCAUUGUAAAACGUUUUGAAACGGAAAACAAAAAUAACAGCCCAGGUAGUCCAUCCUUAGUCUGGGUACCAAUCUGUUUAGAUAACAUUCUACUCCACCAGGGUAGCACAGGACAUGGAGUGGAAUGUAAGCUAAACAGACUGGCACCCAGCCUAGUCCAUGACCCUGUUUCAGUGUGUUUUCCUCCGUUUGGUGUCGAAUGAACAUGACCCUGGUAUGUUGUGAGUUGUAGCUGGCAAUCCCAGAGAUGAAUGAGGACAGAGGCUGGGACACAGAGAGGACAGGACACUGUCUUCAGGGACAGACGGUCUGCAAGAGGACCCGCUCCAACUCUACCAGUAACACACAUGCACACACGCAUGCACGCACGCACACACACACACACACACACACACACACCGAUAUGAGGCCUGAAAGGCAGUUGUCUUGAGUUUCCUGUGGUACAUCAUUAGAUACUAUUAAGUCAUUUCCUUCCUGUCCUAGAAGAACAUGAGGACAUUAUAAUCUCUAAAUGGAUGUUGAGUUUGUCACAUCCUGCACAGAUGUUGUCUAAACUCUGGAAAUGACUAAAUGUAAUGAUGCUUGAAAUUGACCUGGGUACGUUUUGUAAGUCACUUGUUUUUUUGUUUUUUUUACAAAUUGCAUUCCUUGCUGUAUGAGCAACUAGUCUUUCCCUGUUUUGACCUGCUUUUAUGAUUAGUAACCAAGAGUCUUGUUAUCGCCCAGAAAAUGUCGUAGGCUUUAGCUCAAUGGGCUAAUGUGGUAUUGAGGGAAGCAGAUAACCCAGGUUCCAUACAGUUGAUCACAGUUGGUAUCUUGAGUUCUGCUUGGUCUCUGGAUAGUAUUGCAUCACAUGACAUUGUAUUGAGUCACAUGACAUUGUAUUGAAUCACAUGACAUUGUAUUGAAUUGUGCUCAGGUGUCCAUCCAUACUGGAUCGGAGACCUGGACACUAUUAUCCUGAAGACACCUGAGCUUUACCAGAGCAACACCCACGGAACCGCUGGUUUCUUUGGCAGCAGGAAGUCCCUGUCCCAGCAGCUGGAGUUUCCUCACAACCCCAACCAGGUGUGUGUGUGUGCCUGUCUGCCUACCUGCCUUGAGAGUUUCUGCACCUGCAAAUGCUCUGAUUACAAUGAAUCAAGAUCGGUCCUGACUUAUUACAUUCGUGAGAUUUCUACAGUAGCCGCUGCUCCUAUUGCCUUGUUAUUUCAAUUUGAGUUCUCAUGAUAAAAGUUUCUAUUCAAUGAAGUUCUUGGAAGGAGACUCUUUUACAUUAUAAUCAUUACAUAAUUCAAUGAUCUGCUCAUACAGUGAGUGAGACGGAGAGAAGAGAAACGUCAGAACAAUACGAAAAGAAGGGAGAUUAAAAACAGGUGUAGAAAACACUUCCAAAAAGCAUCUGGAAUUAGUCAACUCAAUUUGUCAGGCUUCUUCCUGCUUAGCAGAACUUGGACUCUAGAGCGAGCGAGGAAAAAUGUGUGUGUGUGUGUGUGUGUGUGAAACCUGUGUGUGUGUGUGUGUGUGUGUGUGGAACCUGACUGAGGGUGUCUCCCGUCUGUCCCCCUCCUCCCCCUUCUCCACCCUCCACCCCACUCCUCCUCCCCCCUCCACAGCCCGUUCCCCGCCCCUCUCGCUCUCUUAGCUCCGCCCAUCUGGUCCACUCCUGCAGUAACGUCCAAGCCUUCAUCAUCUGUAACAUUGUGCUGAUGAAGGGCCAUGGCAAGGUAAUUAUGCAGCACGUUUGAACGUCUGCUCCAGGAUCUUGAACGCAGCACGUGGCCCUGGGGCUAAUUCAUGAUAAAGCAUCAUUGUUUGCUUCUACUACUGAGUAGCAUCUAAUCUUUACACAUACUAGUGAUAAGUUGUUGCUUUGGCCCUGAGUUUUCCCUGACCAUAUGACUUGAUGGGAAAACUCGGGGUCCUAGUUACAUUUAAGCCAGUCAGAGUACAAUUGCAAAGACCACCCCCUCAGUGCUAUUGGCCGGGUUAAUAUUUUUCAUUACCAGAAAUGAAACUACAGAUUACAUCUUUAAAGGGGGUGAAUACUCCUCCUUAAAGGUGCAAUCUGUAGUUUCAAGUCUCUCCUAACUGUUGUGUUGUCCCAUGCAGGGUCUGGGGUUCAGUAUCGUGGGGGGCAGGGACAGCAUGUAUGGACCCAUGGGUAUCUACGUCAAGACCAUCUUCCCUGGAGGGGCCGCGGCUGCAGAUGGCAGACUGCAGGAGGGUAAGAGGAGAAAGACAGAGAGGUAGCUCUGGGUCUUCCACUCAACCAUUCUGAGUGAUCACCUUCAACCAAUGGUGAAGCAUUUCUAUCCUGAUGGGAGUGGCCUCUUCCAGGAUGACAAUGCCCCCAUCCACAGGGCACAACUGGUAACUGAAUGGUUUGAUGAGCAUGAAAACGAUGUAAACCAUAUGCUUUCGUUCAAAUGUUAUUAGUACAACAACAGAGUUGAUCUCAGUCCAACACUAACUUACACUAAAGCAUACACACACCCUGUAGCCCUCUUGGACUGCUGGACCAGUGACCACUGUCUUAGAUCUAUACAGUAUGGCACAGAAUGAUCAUUUAGUUUACUAUAUUAUCAUAUUAUUAUCUGUAUGGUGAGCAGCAUGUUGGCUGACUGUGGUCCACUUGUCUAUCUCUGAUCUAUACAGUAUGGCUAUCUAGUUUUAUCAUCUGUAGUGUCUAUCUCUAUAUAUCACAUCUAUUCAUCUGUUCCUCUCUCUUAUUCUCUCUAGUGAGGCUAGCUGUGCUGAUCUGUCGGUCUCAUAUCUCUCUACUACUCUCGUCUCUCUCUCUCUCUCUUCUCUCUUCUCUCUCUCUCUCUCUCUCUAUCUUGCUCUAUCUCUCUCUCUCUCUCUCUCUCUCUCUCAAUUCAAUUUCAAUUCAAAUGGCUUUAUUGGCAUGGGAAACAUAUGUUUACAUUGCCAAAGCAAGUGAAAUAGAUCAUGAAGGAAAGUGAAAUAAACAAUAAAUAUUAACAGUAAACAUUACACUCACAAACGUUCCAAAGGAAUAGACAUUUCAAAUGUCAUAUUAUGUAUAUAUACAGUGUUGUAACGAUGUCAAAUAGUUAAAGUACAAAAGGGAAAAUAAAUAAACAUAAAUAUGGGUUGUAUUUACAAUGGUGUUUGUUCUUCACUGGUUGCCCUUUUCUUGUGGCAACAGGUCACAAAUAUUGCUGCUUUGAUGGCACACUGUGGUAUUUCACCCAAUAGAUAUGGGAGUUUAUCCAAAUUGGGUUUGUUUUGGAAUUCUUUGUGGGUCUGUGUAAUCUCAAGGAAAUAUGUGUUUCUAAUAUUGUCAUACAAUUGGCAGGAGGUUAGGAAGUGCAGCUUAGUUUCCACCUCAUUUUGUGGGCAGUGUGCACAUAGCCUGUCUUCUCUUGAGAGCCAGGUCUGCCUACGGUGGGCUCUCUCAAUAGCAAGGCUAUGCUCACGGAAUCUGUACAUAGUCAAAGCUUUCCUUAAUUUUGGGUCAGUCACAGUGGUCAGGUAUUCUGCCACUGUGUACUCUCUGUUUAGGGCCAAAUAGCAUUCUAGUUUGCUCUGUUUUUUUUGUUACUUCUAUCCAAUGUGUCAAGUAAUUAUCUUUUUGUUUUCUCAUGAUUUGGUUUUGUCUAAUUGUGUUGCUGUCCUGGGGCUCUGUGGGGUCUGUUUGUGUUUGUGAACAGAGACCCAGGACCACCUUGCUUAGGGGAAUCUUUUCCAGGUUAAUCUCUCUGUAGGUGAAGGCUUUGUUAUGGAAGGUUUGGGAAUCGCUUACUUAUAGGUGGUUGUAGAAUUUAAUGGCUCUUUUCUGGAUUUUGAUAAUUAGCGGGUGUCGGCCUAAUUCUGCUCUGCAUGCAUUAUUUGGCGUUUUGGGAUCGAGAAUUUGUGGUCCUGGCAACUGGACCUUUUUUGGAACACCAUAAUUUUUGUCUUACUGAGAUUUACUGUCAGGGCCCAGGUCUGUCAGAAUCUGUGCAGAAAAUCUAGGUGCUGCUGUAGGCCCUCCUUGGUAGGGGACAGAAGCACCAGAUCAUCAGCAAACAGUAGACAUUUGACUUCAGAUUUUAGUAGUGAGGCCUGGUAUUGCAGACAGUUCUAGUGCCCUCGCCAAUUCGUUGAUAUAUGUGUUGAAGAGGGUGGGAAUCAAGCUGCAUCCCUGUCUCACCCCACGGCCCUGUGGAAAUAAAUGUGUGUGUUUUUUGCCAGUUUUAACCACACACUUGUUGUUUGUGUACAUGGAUUUUAUAAUGUCGUGGGUUUUUCCCCCAACACCGCUUUCCAUCCAUUUGCAUAGCAGACCCUCACGCCAAAUUGAGUCAAAAGCUUUUUCGAAAUCAACAAAGCCUUAAUUAGGGUGUGCAGGGUGAAUACAUGGUCUGUCGUAUGGUAAUUUGGUAAAAAGCAAAUUUGACAUUUGCUCAGUACAUUGUUUUCACUGAGGAAAUGAACUAGUCUGCUGUUAAUGAUAACGCAGAGGAUUUUCCCAAGGUUGCUGUUGACGAAUAUCCCACGGUAGUUAUUGGGGUCAAAUUUGUCUCCACUUUUGUGGAUUGGGGUGAGCAGUCCUGGUUCCAAAUAUUGGGGAAAAUGCCUGUGAUGCGUGAUUUGAAGGAGUCAGGUGCAAGAGGAUAAAUCACAGUAUACAGAGAUUUUUCCAUAAUCCAGCGUAACCAGUUCAGUGCGCAAAACAGGCGCACUGGAACAAACAUGCACACGGGGAAAACACCCCGGCAACACAAAAUACUGAGCUCAACCGAGCUACUAAUCCUCACAAUGAACAAUCACCCACAAGGACAAGGGGGGCAGAGGGAACACUUAAACACGUACUAAUGACGGGAAUAUGAACCAGGUGUGUAUAAUUGACAAGACAAGACAAAUGGAAUGAUGAGAUAUGGAGCGGCAGUGGCUAGAAGGCCGGUGACGACGAACGCCGAAGCCUGCCCGAACAAGGAGGGGAGGCAGCUUCGGAGGAAGUCGUGACAAUGCCAGAGCUGAGGAUGAUGUUAAAGAGUUUAAGUAUAGCCAAUUGGAAUUGGUGGUCUGUAUAUUUUAUCAUUUAAUUUAGGAUACCAUCAACACCACAGGCCUUUUUAGGUUGGAGGAUUUGUAUUUUGUCCUGUAGUUCAUUCAAUGUAAUUGGAGAAUCCAGUGGGUUCUGGUAGUUUUGAAUUGUUGAUUCUAAGAUUAUUGUUUGAUCAUGUAUAUGUUUUUGCUGUUUGUUCUUUGUUAUAGAGCCAAAAAGAUUGGAGAAGUGGUUUAUUCAUACAGAUCCGUUUUGGAUAGAUAACUCUUUGUGUUGUUUGUUUAGUGUGUUCCAAUUUUCCCGUAGUGGUUAGAUUCUAUGGAUUCUUCAAUUACAUUGAGCUGAUUUCUGACGUGCUGUUUCUUAUUUUUCCGUAGUUUAUUUCUGUAUUGUUUUAGUGAUUCACCAUAGUGAAGGCGUAGGCUCAGGUUUUCUGGGUCUCUAUGUUUUUGGUUGGAUAGGUUUUUGGUUGGAUUUCAUUCUUAGGUUUUUGCAUUCUUCAUCAAACCAUUUGUCAUUGUUGUUAAUUUUCUUAGGUUGUCUCCUAGAUUUGAUAGGGAAGCUGAGAGGUCAAAUAUACUGUUUAGGUUUUCUACUGCCAAGUUUAAACCUUCACUAUUACAGUGAAACUUUUUCUCCAGGAAGUUGUCUAAAAGCGAUUGAAUUUGUUGUUGCCUAAAUGUUUUUUGGUAGGUUUCUAAGCUACUUUCCUUCCAUCUAUAGCAUUUCUUAAUAUUAUGUAGUUCCUUUGGCUUUGAUGUCUCAUGAUUGAGUAUUGCUCUGUUCAAGUAGACUGUGAUUUUGCUGUGAUCUGAUAGGGGUGUCAGUGGGCUGACUGAACACUCUGAGAGACUCUGGGUUGAGGUCAGUGAUAAAGUAAUCUACAGUUAUGUAAAGUAAUCUCUCUCUCUCUCUCUCUCUCUCUCUCUCUCUCGGUCUCUCUCUCUCUCACUCUCUGUCUCUGUCUGUCUCUCUCUGUCCCUGGCGGUCUCUGUCUCUAUCUCUCUCUCUCUCUCUCUGUAUCUCUUGUACUCGGUCUCUGUCUCUGUCUCUGUUUCUCUCUCUCUAUUCGCUCUCUCUAGCGAUAUCCUCGUAGAGAUCCUCUAUAGUCUCCCUCUCUCUCUCUCUCUCUCUCUCUCUCUCUCUCUCUCUCUCCUCUCGUUCUCUCUCUCUCUCGUUCUCUCUCAGGGGAUGAGAUCCUGGAGUUGAAUGGAGAGUCUCUACAUGGCCUAACUCAUGAGGACGCACUGCAGAGAUUCAAAGUAAGACUGCAGCACCACAACAAAUCAUCAUAUUACAUAGUUGUUACAGCCGUAUUACACCGUUAUUACAGCCAUAAUACAACAUUAUUACAGCAUAAUACAACAUGCUGGAAUUAAAAGGAUCACUUUUGAUUGGUUGGAAGACAUUUUAGAACAGGGGUAGGCAACCCUGUUCCUGGAGUGCCGCAGGUAAUGCAGGAUUUUGUUCCAACUAGGCACCACACCUGAUUGCCUAAUUUCAACACACAUGUCCCCUGGUUGGUAAAUAAAAGCAUGAGUGCCUGAGCAUCAGGUAAAGGGUGGUCUAACCCUGUUCUAGAACCACUUAACAGAUUAUGUUCAAUACACAACACCCAUGAUCAUUAUUUAAGAAUCUCUUGGUUGUCUUAAUCAGAACAUGAUUCCUGAGACUCCAGGUCAAGGGACCAGAGGAGAACAAGACUUAAGAUUAGUAAAAAAAGCGAGACAGGAAGAGAAAGAGAAAGAAAAAGAAGAAAGAAACGAGAAAGAAAGGAGGAAAAAGAAGAGGAAAGGAGAGAAAGGAGAAGAAGAGAAAGAGAAGGAGAAAGAGAGAAAGAGGAAAAGAGAAGAGAGGAGAAGAGAGAAAGAGAGAAAAGAGAGGAAAGGAGAACGAGAAAGAAGAGAGAGAGCGAAGAAAGAGAGAAGGAGGAAAAGCGAAAAAGGAGAAACGCAAAAAGGAGGGACGCAAGGAGAAAGAGUAGAAAAAGAUCAAACGAACCAAGAAUAGAAAGAUGGCCAAAGUAUACCGCUCCCUAUAUCUCUUCUCCUUCUCCAUUUCCCUUGUUAUCUAUCUAUUCUCUGCUAUCCCUGAUCCCUCUCAAUCUCCCUAUCCUACUCCUAUUCCUUUACUUUCUCCCUCUCGAUCCCUCCCUUCCUCCCUCCACAGCAGAUAAAGAAGGGUCUGUUGACUCUGGCGGUGAGGACCAGCCUGCGUGUCGGCGCCCUCUGUGGCCAGGCGGCGGUAGCACAGCUGUGUCGGUCUCGCUCUCUCAGCUCCAGUACUGGCAUGGCCCGGGUCAGCACUGAUAUGGGGGACUACAACUACCUCAGCGGUGUCACCGCCGCCAACACACACACAAACACCAACACCCUGCCGCCUUUGGCCAAACCCCGGGAUCGCGUCAUGAUGGAGAUCACUUUGCACAAAGGUCAGGGGGUCAAAAAUAAGAUAUUAUAAGUUGUAUUAUGAUUUGGACUUGGAUGGUAUAGCUAAACUAAAGCUAGAUCAUCUAACUUACACAAUGUCAUAUCUGUCUUCGUGUGUGUGUUUGUGUGCCUGUGUGCAUGCGGGCGUGUGUGUGUGUGUGUGUGUGUGUGUAGAAGCUGGUGUGGGGCUGGGUAUUGGGCUGUGUUGUGUGCCCUCUGGAGAUGGUUGCCGUGGCAUCUAUAUCCACACCCUGUCCCCUGGGUCGGUGGCACACAUGGACAGUAGACUCAGGUAAGGGUUAAAGAAACAUUCUGUAAAUGCUGAAUACACAUAGCCUGGGUACCUGUCUGUUUGUGCUAACAUUACACUCCUUGUCAUGAAAAGGAGUCUCUUACCUCAGUACACUUCCCACUUCCUUACUCCCUGGUUGUGGUCCCAUUCUUUACCUUUAUCCCAAGUGUGCACUUGUACCCUCCCCAUCAAGGAUUUGGAAAGGAAUGGAUGUAGUGGAAACGCCCUCAAGCCAUGGUGGCACUAAUCCAAUGCUUUUCAAUGCAUGAGAAGGGGAGGGAAGGAGCAGACUCUGGAGAGGACAUCACAGAACCUCUCUCCAUUAGUUAUUGAGCAGAGUCACUGAUCCAGAGCAGUUUAUUGUUGACACAUGGUCUGUGCAUAUGCUGGCUGAGAUAUGCUUAAUACCCCAGCCAUCCUACAAUCCAAGCUAGAUGCCCUCAACCUCACGCAAAUUAUCAACGAACCUACCAGGUACAACCCUAAAUCCUUAAACAUGGGUACCCUCAUAGAUAUCAUCCUGACUAACAUACCCUCUAAAUACACCUCAGCUGUCUUCAACCAGGAUCUCAGCGAUCACUGCCUUAUUGCCUGCGUCCGUAACGGGUCUGCGGUCAAACGACCACCCCUCAUCACUGUCAAACGCUCCCUAAAACACUUUAGCGAGGAGGCCUUCCUAAUUGACCUGGCCCAGGUAUCCUGGAUGGAUAUAGAUCUCAUUCCGUCAGUAGAGGAUGCCUGGUUGUUCCUUAAAAGUAAUUUCCUCUCAAUCUUAAAUAAACAUGCCCCAUUCAAAAAAUACAGAACUAAGAACCGAUAUAGCCCCUGGUUCUCCUCAGACUUGACUGCCCUUGACCAGCACAAAAACAUCCUGUGGCGUACAGCAUUAGCAUCAAAUAGCCCCCGCGAUAUGCAACUUUUCAGGGAAGUUAGGAACCAAUAUACACAAGCAGUCAGGAAAGCAAAGGCUAACUUUUUCAAACAGAAAUUUGCAUCCUGUAGCACUAACUCCAAAACGUUUUGGGACACUGUAAAGUCCAUGGAGAAUAAGAGCACUUCCUCCCAGCUGCCCACUGCACUGAGGCUAGGAAACACUAUCACCACCGAUAAAUCUACAAUAAUCGAGAAUUUCAACAAGCAUUUUGCUACAGCUGGCCAUGCUUUCCAUCUGGCUACCACUAACCCGGCCACCAACUCUGCACCCUCUGCUGCAACUUGCCCAUGCCCCCCCCGCUUCUCCUUCACACAAAUUCAGACAGCUGAUGUUUUGAAAGCGCUGCAAAAUCUGGACCCCUACAAAUCAGCUGGGCUAGACAAUCUGGACCCUUUCUUUCUAAAACUAGCCCGCCGAAAUUGUCGCAACCCCUAUUACUAGUCUGUUCAACCUCUCUUUCAUAAUGUCUGAGAUCCCCAGAGAUUGGAAAGCUGCCGCGGUCAUCCCCCUCUUCAAAGGGGGGUGACACUCUAGAUCCAAACUGCUACAGACCUAUAUCCAUCCUGCCCUGCCUUUCGAAAGUAUUCGAAAGCCAAGUUAACAAACAGAUCAUCGACCAUUUCGAAUACCACCGUACCUUCUCCGCUAUGCAAUCCGGUUUUCCGAGCUGGUCACGGGUGCACUUCAGCCACGCUCAAGGUCCUAAACGAUAUUAUAACCACGAUUGAUAAUAGACAGUACUGUGCAGCCGUCUUCAUCGACCUGGCCAAGGCUUUUGACUCUGUCAACCACCGCAUUCUUAUUGGCAGACUAAAUAGCCUUGGUUUCUCAAAUGACUGCCUCGCCUGGUUCACCAACUACUUCUCAGAUAGAGUUCAGUGUGUCAAAUCGGAGGGCCUGUUGUCUGGACCUAUGGCAGUCUCUAUGGGGGUGCCACAGGGUUCAAUUCUUGGGCCGACACUUUUCUCCGUGUAUAUCAAUGAUGUCGCUCUUGCUGCUGGUGACUCUCAGAUCCACCUCUACGCAGACGACACCAUUUUGUAUACAUCUGGCCCUUCAUUGGACACUGUGUUAACAAACCUCCAAACGAGCUUCAAUGCCAUACAACAAUCCUUCAGUAGCCUUCAACUGCUCUUAAACACUAGUAAAACUAAAUGCAUGCUUUUCAAUCGAACGCUGCUAGCACCCGCCCCAACCGACUAGAAUCACCACUCUCGACGGGUCUGACCUAGAGUAUGUGGACAACUACAAAUAUCUAGGUGUCUGGUUUAGACUGUAAACUCAACUUCCAGACUCACAUAAAGAAUCUCCAAUCCAAAGUUAAAUCUAGAAUCGGCUUCCUAUUUCGCAACAAAGCCUCCUUCACUCAUGCUGCCAAACAUGCCCUCGUAAAACUGACUAUCCUACCGAUCCUUGACUUCGGCGAUGUCAUUUACAAAAUAGCCUCCAACACUCUACUCAGCAAAUUGGAUGUAGUCUAUCACAGUGCCAUCCGUUUUGUCUCCAAAGCCCCAUACACUACCCACCACUGUGACCUGUACGCUCUUGUUGGCUGGUCCUCACUACAUGUUCGUCGUCAAACCCACUGGCUCCAGGCCAUCUAUAAAUCACUGCUAGGCAAAUCCCCGCCUUAUCUAAGCUCAUUGGUCACCAUAGCAGCACCCACCCGUAGUCUGCGCUCCAGCAGGUAUAUCUCACUGGUCAUUCCCAAAGCCAACUGUCACGAUCGUCAGGGAGAGACCAAGGCGCAGCGUUGAAGGCAAACAUAUUCUUUAUUUAAUAAAUGAUCACACGAUCAAAACAACAAAACGAAACCGUGACGUCCCUGGUUACAUACACCAACCAACACGGAACAAAAACCCACAAACACAAAGGGAAAACAGACAGUUUAAAUAUGGCUCCCAAUCAGAGACAACCAGCCAACAGCUGACACUCGUUGCCUCUGAUUGGGAGUCACUCAGGCAAAACAUAGAAAUAGACGAACUAGAACCCCCAACAUAGAAACACACCACAUAGAACAAACACACCCUGGCUCAACAACUAGAGUCCCAUAGCCAGGGUGUGACAGUACCCCCCCCUAAAGGCGCGGACUGCGACCGCGCCUCAAAAAGAGCAAAACAGGGGAGGGCUGGGUGGGCAUACCUCCUCGGCGGCGGUUCUGGCUCCGGGCUUGCCCACCACCCUCCAACAAACCCCCCAUAGUGCCCCUGGUCCGGUCUGGCCCCGCCGGCUAGAGCUGGACUGGACGUAGCAGGAGCGGUUAGCUUCAACUCCGUAGUGGAGCCGUUGACCGGUACCUGGUUAGGCACCGGUGACCCAGGCACGGGUUGUGCCGGACAGACGACGCGCACCCCUGGCUUGGUGCGUGAGGCAGGAAAGGACCGGACCUGGCUGACGAUACGCACCCCUGACUUGGUGCGUGGAGCAGCAACGGGCCUCACUGGACUGACGACUCGCACCCCUGGCUUGGUGCGAGUGGCCGGAACGGGCUGGACCAGGCUGACGACUCGCACCCCUGGCUUGGUGCGAGUGGCAGGAACGGGCUGGACCAGGCUGAUGACUCGCACCCCUGGCUUGGUGCGAGUGGCAGGCACGGGCUGGACCAGGCUGACGACUCGCACCCCUGGCUUGGUGCGAGUAGCAGGAACGGGCUGGACCAGGCUGACGACUCGCACCGUAGACUUGGUGCGAGUGGCAGGAACAGGCCGGGCCGGGCUGGCGACGCGCACCGUAGACUUGGUGCGAGUGGCAGGAACAGGCCGGGCCGGGCUAGCGACGCGCACCGUAGGCUUGGUGCGUGGAGCAGCAACGGGCCUUACCGGGCUGGCGAUGCUCACCGUAGGCUUGGUGCGAGGGGCAGGAACAGGCCGGGCCGGGCUGGCGACGCACACCAUAGGCUUGGUGCGGGGAGCAGGCACGGGCCGUGCCGGACUGACGAAGCGCACCACUGACUUGGUGCGGGAAGCAGGAACGGGCCGGACCGGGCUGGCGACGCGCACCACAGGCUCGAUGCGAGGAACAGGAACAGACCGGACCGCACUGGGGACACACACCCCUGGCCCUACGCGGGGAUCAGGAACGGGCCGGACCGGACUGGUAACACACCCCAGUACCUCUCGCCGUGCCUCCACACUUUCCUUCCCCUUAGUGACCAGUGGCACCCUUAACAUGGCGGCCUCCUCUGCCAACCCGCUGGACCGCUCUAUCGCGGCCUCCUGCUGCCCCGACGUCGUGAGCCCCCCCCUAAAAAUUUUCUGGGGGUCUCUCCUCCCCGUGGGCCAGGCCUCUAUAGUUUUCGCCCAACUCUCGCUCUUCUGCCUCCAACUCCAGCCAUUCUGCUCUUCAUUAGGCUUGACCCAGUCGAGACUCCUCCUCCACUGUUCCCAAGUCCAGUCUGCCUGCUCCUGGACACGCUGCUUGGUCCUUGUAUGGUGGGUUUUUCUGUCUCGAUCGUCAGGGAGAGACCAAGGCGCAGCGUUGAAGGCAAACAUAUUCUUUAUUUAAUAAAUGAUCACACGAUCAAAACAACAAAACGAAACCGUGACGUCCCUGGUUACAUACACCAACCAACACGGAACAAAAACCCACAAACACAAAGGGAAAACAGACAGUUUAAAUAUGGCUCCCAAUCAGAGACAACCAGCCAACAGCUGACACUCGUUGCCUCUGAUUGGGAGUCACUCAGGCAAAACAUAGAAAUAGACGAACUAGAACCCCCAACAUAGAAACACACCACAUAGAACAAACACACCCUGGCUCAACAACUAGAGUCCCAUAGCCAGGGUGUGACACCAACACCUCCUUUGGCCGCCAUUCCUUCCAGUUCUCUGCUGCCAAUGACUGGAACGAAUUGCAAAAAUCUCUGAAGCUGGAGACUCUUAUCUCCCUCAAUAACUUUAAGCAUCAGUUGUCAGAGCACCUUACCGAUCACUGCACCUGUACACAGCCCAUCUGAAAUUAGCCCACCCAACUACCUCAUCCCUAUAUUGUUAUUUAUUUUGCUCUUUUGCACCCCAGUAUCUCUAUUUGCACAUCAUCUCUUGCACAUCUAGCAUUCCAGUGUUAAUAAUAUUGUAAUUAUUCUGCACUAUAGCCUAUUUAUUGCCUUACCUCCAUAACUUGCUACAUUUGCACACACUGUAUAUAUAUUUUCUGUUGUAUUUCUGACUUUAUGUUUUUUUACCCCAUAUGUAACUCUGUGUUGUUUUUAUUGCACUACUUUGCUUUAUCUUGGCCAGGUCGCAGUUGUAAAUGAGAACCUGUUCUCAACUGGCAUACCUGGUUAAAUAAAGGAGAAAUAAAAAAAUAAAAAAUGCUCAGCUUGAAUCAGUUACCGUAUUUUAACUUACAUCUUCACACUCACUCUCCAUCUCCCCCUCCCCUCUCUCUCUCCACCCCCUCUCUCCACCUUCCCCUGUCUCUCCCCCUCUUCCCUCUCCUAGAUGUGGAGAUGAGAUUAUGGAGAUCAACAACACGGUGGUGUACAACAUGGUGCUGAACGAUGUGUACAUGGUUCUGAGCCAGUGCGCACCCGGGCCAGUCCAGAUCAUCAUCAGUCGACACCCCGACCCCAAAGUAGCACCCCGUUUCGCGGCCUAUAGCAUUUUAUUAAAACACCCGUUCUAAACCUUACAGACACACCAGGUGGUCGUAUAUACCACACCCUGUCUAACCUUAUAUACACCCUGUCUGGGCUUAUAUACCAACCCUGUCUAACCUAUAUACAAACCUGUAUGGCCUUUAUACACCACACUGUCUGCCUUAUACAACACCCUGUCUAACCUUAUAUACACACCCUGUCGAAACCUAGAUAAACACCAUGUCAACCUUAAUACACACCAUGUCUGGGCUUAUAUAACACCCGCAAACCCUUAAUAAACCCCUGACGGGCCCUUAUAACACCCCCGUUAACCCUUUAUAUACACCCUGUCUGGCUUUUUAACACCCCUUUUGGUUUAUAUACACACCUGUCAACCUUGUAUACAACCCGACUGGCCUUUAAUAACACCCUGUCAACCUUAUUAAAAAACCCGUCUGGCCAUUAAAACCCUUUUGGCCUUAAACACCCCCUGUUGCCCUUUAUAUACCCCCCUGUUAACCUUUAUACCACCUGUCGGGUCUUUAUAAAACCCCCUGUCUGGUUUAUAUCACACCCUGUUGGCCUUUUUUCACCCCGUCGGGCCCUUUAUACACCCUGUCUAACCUUAUUACACCCCGUCUGGCUUAUAUACAACCCUGUUGGUUUUAUAACACCCCCGUUGGCCUUAAUAACCCCCUGUCGGGCCCUUAUAACACACCCUGUUAACCUUAAUACAAACCUGUCGGGCCCUUUUUACAACCCCCUUUUAACCUUAAUACCACCCUUUUGGCCCUUAAUACACACCCUGUCUGGUUAAUCCCCAACCCUGUUGGCCUUAUAACACCCUGCUGGUUUAAUAACCCCCGUUGGUUUAAAAUUACACCCCUUUUAAUCUUAUUACACCCCCGUCUGGUCUUAUAACAACCCUGCUAACCUUUAACACACCCUGAUUGCCUUUAACCACACCGCUACCUUAAUACACCCUGUCGGCCUUAUUUUUACACCGUUGGGCCUAUAUACACACCCUGUCUGGUUUUAUUAAAAACACGUUACCUUUAUACACACCCUUUUGGGCCUUAAUACACCCCUGUUAACCUUAAUACAACCUGUCUAACCCUAUAAACACCCUGUUGGCCUUAUACACCCCCGUCAAUUUUUAUAACACAGUCGGGCCCCUUAAAUUACACCCCGUCUAAUCUUAUAUCACACCCUUUUGGUCUUUUUAACACACCCGCUGGUUAAUAACACCCUGUCAACCUUUGUAUACCACACCGAUGGCCUUAUAUACCACACCCUGUUUGGCCUAUAACCACCCUGUCUGCGUCUUAUAUACACACCCUGUCUGAACCUGAUAAACACCACAUGAAGGCCCUUAUAUACACACCACUGUCUAAACCUUAUAUGACACACCCUGUUGGCCUUAUAUACACACCCGUGUCGGGCCUUAUAUACACACACGUUAACCUUAUAUGACACACCUGUCUGGUCUUAGAUAACACCCUGUCUGGUCUUAUUAUACACACCCUGUCUGGGCCUUAUAUCACACCCGUCUGGCCUAUAUACACACCUGUCGACCUUAUAUACACAACCCGGUCUAAAACCUUAUAUACACCACUUGUCUGGCUUAUAUACAGUGGGGGAAAAAAGUAUUUAGUCAGCCACCAAUUGUGCAAGUUCUCCCACUUAAAAAGAUGAGAGAGGCCUGUAAUUUUCAUCAUAGGUACACGUCAACUAUGACAGACAAAUUGAGAAAGAAAAAUCCAGAAAAUCACAUUGUAAUGAAUUUAUUUGCAAAUUAUGGUGGAAAAUAAGUAUUUGGUCACCUACAAACAAGCAAGAUUUCUGGCUCUCACAGACCUGUAACUUCUUCUUUAAGAGGCUCCUCUGUCCUCCACUCGUUACCUGUAUUAAUGGCACCUGUUUGAACUUGUUAUCAGUAUAAAAGACACCUGUCCACAACCUCAAACAGUCACACUCCAAACUCCACUAUGGCCAAGACCAAAGAGCUGUCAAAGGACACCAUAAACAAAAUUGUAGACCUGCACCAGGCUGGGAAGACUGAAUCUGCAAUAGGUAAGCAGCUUGGUUUGAAGAAAUCAACUGUGGGAGCAAUUAUUAGGAAAUGGAAGACAUACAAGACCACUGAUAAUCUCCCUCGAUCUGGGGCUCCACGCAAGAUCUCACCCCGUGGGGUCAAAAUGAUCACAAGAACGGUGAGCAAAAAUCCCAGAACCACACGGGGGGACCUAGUGAAUGACCUGCAGAGAGCUGGGACCAAAGUAACAAAGCCUACCAUCAGUAACACACUACGCCGCCAGGGACUCAAAUCCUGCAGUGGCCAGACGUGUCCCCCUGCUUAAGGCAGUACAUUUCCAGGCCCGUCUGAAGUUUGGUAGAGUGCAUUUGGAUGAUCCAGAAGAGGAUUGGGAGAAUGUCAUAUGGUCAGAUGAAACCAAAAUAGAACUUUUUGGUAAAAACUCAACUCGUCGUGUUUGGAGGACAAAGAAUGCUGAGUUGCAUCCAAAGAACACCAUACCUACUGUGAAGCAUGGGGGUGGAAACAUCAUGCUUUGGGGCUGUUUUUCUGCAAAGGGACCAGGACGACUGAUCCGUGUAAAGGAAAGAAUGAAUGGGGCCAUGUAUCGUGAGAUUUUGAGUGAAAACCUCCUUCCAUCAGCAAGGGCAUUGAAGAUGAAACGUGGCUGGGUCUUUCAGCAUAACAAUGAUCCCAAACACACCGCCCGGGCAACGAAGGAGUGGCUUCGUAAGAAACAUUUCAAGGUCCUGGAGUGGCCUAGCCAGUCUCCAGAUCUCAACCCCAUAGAAAAUCUUUGGAGGGAGUUGAAAGUCCGUGUUGCCCAGCGACAGCCCCAAAACAUCACUGCUCUAGAGGAGAUCUGCAUGGAGGAAUGGGCCAAAAUACCAGCAACAGUGUGUGAAAACCUUGUGAAGACUUACAGAAAACGUUUGACCUGUGUCAUUGCCAACAAAGGGUAUAUAACAAAGUAUUGAGAAACUUUUGUUAUUGACCAAAUACUUAUUUUCCACCAUAAUUUGCAAAUAAAUUCAUUAAAAAUCCUACAAUGUGAUUUUCUGGAUUUUCUUUUCUCAUUUUGUCUGUCAUAGUUGACGUGUACCUAUGAUGAAAAUUACAGGCCUCUCUCAUCUUUUUAAGUGGGAGAACUUGCACAAUUGGUGGCUGAAUAAAUACUUUUUUCCCCCACUGUACACACCCUGUCUGGUCUUAUAUACACACCCUGUCUAACCUUAUAUACACACCCUGUCUGGCCUUAUAUACACACCCUGUCUGACCUUAUAUACACACCCUGUCCUAACCUUAUAUACACACAAUGUCUGGCCUUAUAUACACACCCUGUCUAACCUUAUAUACACACCCUGUCUGGCCUUAUAUACACACCCUGUCUGACCUUAUAUUACACAACCUGUCUAACCUUAUAUACACACAAUGUCUGGCCUUAUAUACACACAAUGUCUGGCCUUAUAUACACACCCUGUCUAACCUUAUAUACACACCCUGUCUAACCUUAUAUACACACCCUGUCUAACCUUAUAUACACACCCUGUCAUGGCCUUAUAUACACACCCUGUCUGGCCUUAUAUACACACCCUGUCUAACCUUAUAUACACACCCUGUCUGGUCUUAUAUACACACCCUGUCUGGUCUUAUAUACACACCCUGUCUGCCCAUAUAUACACACCCUCUCUGGCCUUAUAUACACACCCUGUCUGGCCUUAUAUACACCACCCUGUCUUAACCUUAUAUCCAACACCCUGUCUGGGCCUAUAUACACACCCUGUCUGGCCUUAUAUACACACCCUGUCUGGCCUUAUAUACACACCCUGUCUGGUCUUAUAUACCCCACCCUUCGGGCCCUUAUUUUACACACCCUGUCUGGCCUUAUAUACACCCCUGCCCUGGUCUAUAUACACACCCUGUCUGGCCUUAUAUACACACCCUGUCUGAUCUUAUAUACACACCCUGUCUGGUCUUAUAUACACACCCUGUCUGGUCUUAUAUACACACCCUGUCUAAUCUUAUAUACACACCCUGUCUAACCUUAUAUACACACCCUGUCUGGCCUUAUAUACACACCCUGUCUAACCUUAUAUACACACAAUGUCUGGACUUAUAGCCUUAUAUAAACGUGUGUAUAUCAUGUAGUAUUGUGUGUGGGUUAGGGGAGGGGGGGGAUGGGGGAAAGGGCAUUUGUUUUGUGGUGGUGUGUGUGUGUGGGUGCGGUUGCGUGGUGCUCAUGUGUGUGUGUUAAAUGCAAUGUGUCUGUGUGUAUCUUUAGGUGUCAGAGCAGCAGCUGAACGAUGCCAUAGCCCAGGCUGUAGAGACCAGCAAACUAAAGCAGGACGCCAGUCAGUGGAGUAUAGACGGUAACAACCUUUAUAAACUCAGGGAGUAUAGACGGAAACAAACCUUUAUCAACUCAGUGGAGUAUAGCGGUAACACCUUUUAUCAACUCAGUGGAGUAUAGACGGUAACAACCUUUAUCAACUCAGUGGAGUAAUAGACUGGUAACAACCUUUAUCAACUCAGUGGAGUAUAACGGGAAACAACCUUUAAUCACUCAGUGGAGUAUAGACGGUACCAACCUUUAUCAACUCAGUGGAGUAUAGACGGUAACAACCUUUAUCAACUCAGUGGAGUAUAGACGGUAACAACCUUUAUCAACUCAGUGGAGUAUAGACGGUAACAACCUUUAUCAACUCAGUGGGAUAGACGGUAACAAACCUUUAUCAACUCGGGGAGUAUAGACGGUAAAACCUUUAUCAACUCAGUGGAGUAUAGACGGUAACAACCUUUAUCAACUCAGUGGAGUAUAGACGGUAACAACCUUUAUCAACUCAGUGGAGUAUAGACGGUAACACCAACCUUUAUCAACUCAGUGGAGUAUAGACAGUAACAACCUUUAUCAACUCAGUGGAGUAUAGACGGUAACAACCUUUAUCAACUCAGUGGAGUACAGACAGUAACAACCUUUAUUAACUCAGUGGAGUAUAGACGGUAACAACCUUUAUCAACUCAAUGGAGUACAGACAGUAACAACCUUUAUCAACUCAGUGGAGUAUAGACGGUAACAACCUUUAUCAACUCAGUGGAGUACAGACAGUAACAACCUUAUUAAUCAGUGGAGUAUAGACGGGUAACAAAACCUUUAUCAACUCAGUGGAGUACAGACAGUAACAACCUUUAUCAACUCAGUGGAGUAUAGACGGUAACAACCUUUAUCAACUCAGUGGAGUACAGACAGUAACAACCUUUAUCAACUCAGUGGAGUGGGACUGACGUCUGGUCCCGGCCCAGCAGUCCUCCCGCGAUGCACCAAGCCCUGUCUGGACCCUGGUGUGGGAGACCCCGACCCUGGAGAGGGGUUGACGUCUGGUUCCGGCUCGGCAGUCCUCCCGCGAGGCACCAAGCUCUGUCUGGACCCUGGUGUGGGAGGCCUAGACCCUGGAGAGGGGUUGACGUCUGGUUCCGGCUCGGCAGUCCUCCCGCGAGGCACCAAGCCCUGUCUGGACCCUGGUGUGGGAGGCCCAGACCCUGAAAAGGGGCCGACGGGCUGGGGACACGCACCACUGGUUUGGUGCGAGGAGCAGGUACGGGCCUUACCGGGCUGGAGACACGCACCACUGGUUUGAUGCGAGGAGCAGGCACGGGCCGUACCGGGCUGGAGACACGCACCACUGGUUUAGUGCGAGGAGCAGGCACGAGCCGUACCGGGCUGGGGACAUGCACCACUGGUUUGGUGCGAGGAGCAGGUACAAGUCAUACCGGACUGGAGACACGCACCACUGCGAGGAGCAGGCACGGGCCGUACCGCUCUGUGAAGGCGCACUGGCGGCACAGUGCGUAAAGCCGGCGCAUAGCCUGGUGCCUGCAUGGUCACACGCUCCUCAAAGCGAGUGCGGGGAGUUGGCUCUGCUAAACCUGGCUCCGCCAGCCUCUGCUCUAAGGACUGAGUUCUCUGCUGCUGGAGGGUUAACUCCUCUCUCAGCUCCUCCUGUUGUCUGGCCAGCUCCUCUCUCCGUGCAUCCACUGACUCCUUCUCCCUGAGGGCCUCCUACAGCGCCUCCUUCUGAAGGGAGAGCUCCUGCUCCCUCUUAACUAACAGCUCCCGUAAGGCGGUGGUCUCCUCUCUCAGAGUACUGAGCUGCAGGUCUUGGAGGGCAUCUAUCAUAGCGGCUUCUUCUAUAGCUAUCUCCCUCUCCACAAUCAGCCCUUCUAGGGCCUCCUGCUGCUCCGCCAACCACCCCGUGUGCCCCCCCCCAAAAAUGUUUCUUGGGGCUACCUCUUAGGCUUCCUUCGUCGUCGCCGUUGAUCCUUUCCUGCCUGGGCUUCUUCCUUCGCCCAGGGUCCCUUACCGGCCAAUAUCUCCUCCCAUGUCCAGAAUGUCUUCCCCACCUGUGUCCAGCAUGUCUGCUCCUCCUGGCCACGCUGCUUGGUCCGUUGGUGGUGGGAUCUUCUGUCACGUUUGUUGAGUAAAGGAUCGGACCAAGGUGCAGCGUGGUAUAAGUACAUAGUUGUUUAUUAUUAUAAACACAGACAAAAUAACAAAAUCCAACAGACCGUGAAGUUCAAGAGGCUAAACAUCCAACAAGCCAAACAGAAACAAGAUCCCAGAACAUAGGUAGACAAAAUGGCUGCCUAAGUAUGAUCCCCAAUCAGAGACAACGAUCAACAGCUGCCUCUGAUUGGGAACCACACCCGGCCAACAUAGAAAUAGAUAAACUAGAUUUCACACCCUGACCAACCCAACUAGAGAUCUCAAUGUCAGGGCGUGACAGGAGUAUAGACGGUAACAACCUUUAUCAACUCAGUGGAGUAUAGACAGUAACAAUCUUUAUCAACUCAGUGGAGUAUAGACAGUAACAACCUUUAUCAACUCAGUGGAAGUAUAGACAGUAACAACCUUUAUUAACUCAGUGGAGUAUAGACAGUAACAACCUUUAUCAACUCAGUGGAGUAUAGACAGUAACAACCUUUAUCAACUCAAUGGAGUAUAGACAGUAACAACCUUUAUCAACUCAGUGGAGUAUAGACGGUAACAACCUUUAUCAACUCAGUGGAGUAUAGACAGUAACAACCUUUAUCAACUCAGUGGAGUAUAGACAGUAACAACCUUUAUCAACUCAGUGGAGUAUAGACAGUAACAACCUUUAUCAACUCAGUGGAGUAUAGACAGUAACAACCUUUAUCAACUCAGUGGAGUAUAGACAGUAACAACCUUUAUCAACUCAGUGGAGUAUAGACGGUAACAACCUUUAUCAACUCAGUGGAGUAUAGACAGUAACAACUUAUCAACUCAGUGGGAGUAUAGACGGUAACAAACCUUUAUCAACUCAGUGGAGUAUAGACAGUAACAACCUUUAUCAACUCAGUGGAGAUAGGACAGUAACAACCUUUAUAAACUCAGUGGAGUAUAACGGUAAAACCUUUAUCAACUCAGUGGAGUAUAGUACAGUAACAACCUUUAUCAACUCAGUGGAGUAUAGACAGUAACAACCUUAUCAACUCAGUGGAGUAUAGACGUAGUAACAACCUUUAUCAACUCAGUGGAGUAUAGACGGUAACAACCUUUAUCAACUCAGUGGAGUAUAGACAGUAACAACCGUUUAUCAACUCAGUGGAGUAUAGACAGUAACAACCUUUAUUCAAACUCAGUGGAGUAUAGACAGUAACAACCUUUAUCAACUCAGUGGAGUAUAGACAGGUACAACCUUUAUCAACUCAGUGGAGUAUAGACCAGUAAACAACCUUUAUCAACUCAGUGGAGUAUAGACCCGGGAACAACUUUAUCAACUCAGUGGAGUAUGACAGUAACAACCUUUAUCAAUCAGUGGAGUAUGACAGUAAAACCUUUAUCAACUCAGUGGAGUAUAGACGGUAACAACCUUUAUCAACUCAGUGGAGUAUAGACAGUAACAACCUUUAUCAACUCUGAGCUAGUUUAGCGUCGCCAGACGAUAAUGCACACACAUUACCUUCCGUAAUAUUACUGCAUUGUGUUUCAUCCCAUCUCUCUCUCUCACCUACCUACCGAUGACUGACCGACCUACCGACCUACCUACCGACCUACCUACCUACCGACCUACCUACCCCGACAGCCACCUACCUCCCGACCACCGACCAACCCAAAAACCACAAUACAUACCGCGGUUCGUCCGGGUUCCCCUAAGGGGCGGGCGCACUCCUUGAACUCUUCGGCCCCCCGGCCCCGGCGCCCCGCCGGCCAUGCCCACUAACCGGGGUCUUAUUCUUCCUCUCUCUCUCUCUCUCUCUCUCUCUCUCUCUCCCUCUCUCUCUCUCUCUCUCACUUUCUGUCUCUCCCUGUGACCUCUUAACCCCAGGCCUGCGUAGGUCUGACCCCUGCUCCCACUCCAGAGGGAAGUGUGAGCGCUGUGUGGCGAGGAGCUUCAGCCAACUGACUGCCCGGCGAGCCCAGAAGAACAUGACUCGCUCCUGUAGUGACAGCAACACAUACAACCAGAACCCCCAUCAUAACCAUCAGCACAACUGCUGCCCCGGACCAGGAACCAACCUGGUUAAUGGUCAAACCCUGACUGUACCCAACCACAACACGCACCAUAAUCUGAUGGGAAGGGUCCACAGCCUCGACAUCCCCAUGGUAACUCACCACAACCAGGCAUCCCAGAAUAAGAUGAGAAAGGAUUGGGUCGAUGUGUUGUACAUCGGUGUCUGUCAUGUUUCUAGAGGUUCUAAUACAUCUUCAUCUCGUGGUUCUAAGAGUUCUAGGGGUCAUGGUUCUAGGGAUUCUAAUCCGUCUUUAUCUCAUGGGUGUAGGGCUUCUAGGGGUCAUGGUUCUAGGGAUUCUCAUCCGUCUUUAUCUCAUGGGUGUAGGAGUUCUAGGGGUCAUGGUUCUAGAGGUUCUAAUACCUCUUUGUCUCAUGGUUCUGAGAGUUCAAGGGGUCAUGGUUCUAGGGGUCCUAAUCCCUCUUGAUAUCAUGGUUCUAGGGGUCCACGGCUGAGCCCUGGUGUGAUAACAGACUGUCUGCACUGGUCUGCCCUGUACCUGAUGACGACUACAAUGUCCCCUACAACUCCCCAGCAGCCAACCUCUCCAGCCAGCGUACCUUAGACCUGGCCACUAGGGGAAAUAAGGUAGCUUAACUCCAGAGGUUUCCAAACAAGCUUCUGGAAGGCCACACUUUAGGCACCAAAUGGAAGAAUAAUGCACUGAAACAGGCUGGGACUACCUGGAAUUGUCCAGUAAGAAACGCUUAUACAACACAUAUUUUCCUAAUCUGACCCUAGAACAGGCCCAAAGCCCUGGCACCUCCAAGGAGGUACAGCAGACACCAGGACGUCACUAGUGAGGAGGGGGCCCCUGGGGGCCUGCCGGACUCCAAUGGUUCCAGUAGAGGCUCCCCUGUUAGAGAGGACGGAUGGAGCCCCACACAUACCAACUGUCAGGUAGGGAGAGAACAUUAUUUACACCUAUUUACAACGAUGGUUUGGUUUCUUACGUUUGGUGCCUAAAGAACACAACCCAGCGCAGCAAAGGACAGCAUCUGACAUAAUCUCACUGUUUAUGUAUUUUUUUUGUCCACAAGCAAUAUGCUAAAACAUGCUGAAUUUACUAAGUAUACUCAUAUCUAACCAGUCAUCUUGACUUAAACAUGUAUUACUCUGGAUGGAUGGAUGGAUUAAUGAAUAGGUAUAUUGUAAGCAGGUUUGAAAGGUUUUUGAAAUAAUUAAUUUGAAUUGAUGGAUCAAAGUAUCUACAUCUCAAACACAGUGAUCAAAGUCAUCUAAAUAUCGAUGCAUCUCAACAGGACAGCUUUAUAUGAAUGUCUGUCAUUCAUUCAUACUUCCUUAAAUUUGAGGAAGAGCUAGACUGGAUGCUUUUAUUGCCCAUAAAUGGUAGCUACUGUAGGAAAGAAGGGGGCGUGCUCAAAAUGUCUGUAAAACAGUGUAAAGAGUUGCAUUGUCUUCAUGCAUCAGGCAUCAGCUGUGGUCGAGACACGCUAUUCUGUUUUGCAUUGGUUCUUCCGCUUGCCUAUUCUCUAAAACCACAUUGUCUGUGAAGCUGAUCUGCAGAGCUGGGUCGAGUUCAUUAAGGCAUGCAAUGGAAACGUCUUAAUACGAGAAUGAAAGUUUCUUAUUGGACAAGUCAAGGUAGUCCCAGUUUUUUUUCCAUUUGGUGCCUAAUGAACACCACAGGACAACAUUAGGCAUUAGUGCAGAGAAGGAUAACAUCAGACAUUAGUGCAGAGAAGGAUAACAUUAGACAUUAGUGCAGAGAAGGAUAACAUUAGACAUUAGUGCAGAGAAGGACAACAUUCGACAUUAGUGCAGAGAAGGAUAACAUUAGACAGUAGUGCAGAGAAGGAUACCAUUAGACAUUAGUGCAGAGAAGGAUACCAUUAGACAGUAGUGCAGAGAAGGAUAACAUUAGACAGUAGUGCAGAGAAGGAUACCAUUAGACAGUAGUGCAGAGAAGGAUAACAUUAGACAGUAGUGCAGAGAAGGAUACCAUUAGACAUUAGUGCAGAGAAGGAUACCAUUAGACAUUAGUGCAGAGAAGGAUAACAUUAGACAGUAGUGCAGAGAAGGAUACCAUUAGACAGUAGUGCAGAGAAGGAUACCAUUAGACAUUAGUGCAGAGAAGGAUACCAUUAGACAUUAGUGCAGAGAAGGAUACCAUUAGACAGUAGUGCAGAGAAGGAUACCAUUAGACAGUAGUGCAGAGAAGGAUACCAUUAGUGUCACGAUCGUUUAAAGACUGGUCGAACCAAGGCGCAGUGUGAUAAGCGUACAUGUUUAUUUAAACGAAUAAACACACUACAAAACAACAAACAAAACGUGAAGUCCAAGGUAACACACAAACAUACCAUAACUGGAACAAGAUCCCACAACUAACAGGUGCCAAAAGGCUGCCUAAGCAUGGUCCCCAAUCAGAGACAACGAGUUACAGCUGCCUCUGAUUGGGAACCACCCCGGCCAACAUAGAUCUACACAUUCUAGAAUCUACACCAUAGAACCAACAUAACACGGAAUAUACACACCCUGACUCAACAAAUAAACGUCCCCUGAGUCAGGGCGUGACAAUUAGACAGUAGUGCAUAGAAGGAUACCAUUAUACAUUAGUGCAGAGAAUGAUAACAUUAGACAGUAGUGCAGAGAAGGAUACCAUUAGACAUUAGUGCAGAGAAUGAUACCAUUAGACAGUAGUGCAGAGAAGGAUACCAUUAGACAGUAGUGCAGAGAAGGAUAACAUUAGAUAUUAGUGCAGAGAAGGAUACCAUUAGACAUAAUCUCACUGUUUUUCUUAUUCUCUGUCCAUAAGCAAUAUGCUAAACCAUGCUGAAUUUACUAAAUGCAGUAUACUAAUGUAUUUUUCCUCUAACUAAUGUGUAUCGUCACAUGUGUUGUUUCUGUAUUCACAUCUACAUGCUUCCAGCUUUUUAGCAGUGUAUACAAGGCUUUGAGAAAGAGCAUAAGGUUACUAUGUAGAAAUGUAUGUGGGACCGUUUCAUACUCUUGAAUGUGUGUUGGUGAAUGUUUUGCAUGGAGAUUACUUUGGACUGAGAAUAGAAAAUAUGAACAUACCAAUCAUACCUUUUGUUUAUUUUUUGCAGAAUGUCAUACAUUCAUGCCUUUGAGCAGGCAUUGAUGUCAAAAUAUGACACCUCUUCCCUAUGUAUCCUGUCCCUGAAACAUUAAACCUUAAACCUGUCUCACAAUGCAAGCUUUUAUAGUAAGGAUGGCCUCUCGAUUCUGGAAGUAUCUGCUUAUGUGUUUGUAAGUGAUUACCCUGUUAUUCUGAACGAUGCUUGUGUUAUACCCACAUCAAGCAUGAAGCUUUUGGAUAUCAUAGAAUGGCCUUGCCUUGGCAUUGUGUGUGAUCCAAUUACGUUCUGCAUCUGGUCGUUGUGAGUGUGAUGGAUGGAUGCAUGUCCAUGUGAAGUUGUGGAGGUUAACGGGCGACAGUAAAUGCAGGGUGAAUUGCUUUCUGCGGUCGGAGGCUGAGUGGUGCGCUCAACGUUUUAACUUCCUGUUUAUGUGUGUUCCAGGAAGUAGAGAGUGAGAGAGUAAUAGAGAGAGAAAGAGAGAGAGAACACUCAGGGGGAAGUGGAGAGAAUCUCACCCACUCUGACGCUCACUCUGCUGCCAUCACCGACUGCCCUCGAUACUCAUCCUGCACAGAAGACAGACCACACACAGGUACCGUAUGGCCACCUUGCCAAACUUCAUGUGGACAUUUCCUAUGAUUACCCUCUUUAUAUAAUUUAUGACACUAUUCGUUAAAAACGAAUUUAUAACAUCUAUGCUGUGCGUUAUAAAUGUGCUUUUGAAGAGGGCAUGCCUAGGAAGGGAUACUUUCUUUUUGUCAGUCACAUUCAGUUUCCAAAAACAAAUUAGAAUACAGCAUUUGUACAGUACAGAGGCAACAGUCAAAUAUCCAGCUCCUUGAGACACCUAUAGGGGCCAUUUGCAGUUCGUUUCCUGUGAAGAUGUUUCCUGAAAGACAACACGUUGUUUAGAUUAGUUGUGAAUGCCAGCUUUGUGAACGUCAUCUUUAGAUCAUUUCUUACAUUGUGAUAUUUAAUGGCACCACAACUUAUUAUUUACUUACAUUAGUAAAGCAGAAAGCUGUGCAGGUAUGAAUGCAUUAUUGCAGUGAGGGUAGUGUGAGUCUAGCUCAUUGUGAAGCACUUGUAUCUCUCCUCCUCUUAGAUUGUGUUUCCUGUGUUGUGUCUGUGUUCAGGUGCUGAGUCUGCCCUCCACCUCUGCUCCCAGAGUAAGAGGCCGGGCCUGAGGAGGCAGGCUCGCGUGGAGCAGCUCACCCCAGAAAAGCUUCACGACCCCUGGGUUAGGAUCUCCGACAGCCCCCCUGAUCUUGGAGGUCCUGGAGACCCCCAUCACAACCAGAGUCCGAAUCAUCCGAGCCCACACCAACACAACACACACUCCCACAAUAGCACACAUCAACAACAAACACACCAUCUCAGCUCACACCACGACGCAACACACACUCCAUCCCAACCAGUCGCCAUGAGCCAAAGGAGUGAGUUUCCUGAGCUUCCUGAACUCAACAGUACUUCCGACCACCACACCACCCCAGACCCCACCACCCCCUCCACCCCUGCCUCCCUAAUCUCCACCCCUAGCCCAAUGACUGAGGACCCCCCAGGGGUGAGGAAGGCCCCCCCGGUUGCCCCCAAGCCUAUGUGGAACCGUCAGAGCCUCAGGAGUAUCAGGAACGGGAGGCCCCAGCCGGAGCUGGCCAAACCCCUGGACAACAGAGGCGGUGGAACGUACGUAGUGUUUCUCCAUAACAUUUAUCUUUGUCUUUUGUUUUAUAGCAAUGUAUAAAAGGCGGUUUAGUCUUGCCUGAGAUCUGAAGACUUGUGUUAGCGCCUAAAGCGUACACCUUUAUUUCAGUGGGUUAAGGUGGUGUUGAAGUGUAUAGGUGACCUGGGUUUGAUUCCCAGUGUUGUGUGUUCAUGAGUUAUAAGCCAACAACAAUUUCUGUCUCAUGUAAAUUGUCCAGGUGGAUGGACAAUAACGUUUUUAAAUGUGUAUUUCAACAGCACCUUCGGGGUAAGUCUACGGCCCACCUCCUCUGCAGCCAACCUGUCAAUCAAGCAGAAGAUCCAUUCAUUUGAGACCUUCUCUAGUCCUGAUGGUAAGGGUCAGGAGAGGUGGGGCAACAACAGGAGGCCCCUAUCCCCCUCCACCUCCCUCCCUCUGAAGGACAAGGCACCCAUCAGGAGUGACCCCCCUCUCUUAGAGGAGAAUGGUACAAUCCAACAUGACAUGGGCAAAGGAGCUAAAGUGACCUCUCCAAUCUCUGACGAGGAAAAGGACGGAAGGGUGUCCUCUUCUCCCCAUGCAGCCUCUCCUCACUCCACCCAUCCUCCCUCUCCUGCCUCCCACCCUUCUCCUCCAACCUGCUUUUCUCUUCUUCCGACCCCCCACCCUGCCUCGGAGCUCCAGACCCCAGUGGAGCUCCAGACCCCAGUGGAAGAGACAACAGACACCAAUACAGAAAUCUCUGACUCACCAUCCCCCGAGGACACCACCACCACCCCAUCCACCCUAGAGGCAUCUCUCCCCGAGGCCGACCCAGAAACAGAGCCCCUGGAUGAGGCUGUGGAGGCCUCCGUCUCCCCCUCUGGCCCGGUGCCCAGGAGGUCCAGCAGCUCCAAGGGAGAAAGCCUUGGUCCACUACAACCACCAGAGGAGGGGGAGGGAGACCAGAGCCAUGCCCAGGCUCAGGGCAAGCAGGCCAGCCUGCGGACGCGUAGCCUUCCCCUGCCUGCCUCUCCCUCCCCAGAUGGGUCAACAACUCUAAGAGGACUGGAGGGAGAGAGCCUGGGGAAGAUACUUUCCUUCAGUAAACAGGUGCGUCUUUGGUCACACUUUACAUUACAUCACAUUGUCCAAGUGUAAAUUGUAAAAUGUCCAAUAAAAUGUAUGAAAUGUAUGAAAUGUCACACAAGCUUCAUACCAGCUGAAUAACCCAUGUAAUUACUCUGUAACAGGUAAGUGCAUGCAAUACAUUUGUAGCUGUCAUUUAGUGUGUGGAUUGUGCGCACCUGCGACACUUGGCAAUAGUUUGUUUGGGAUACAAUAUAAUUUAUAUAUUAUUCUGUUAUAUUUCAUUAUAUUCUUACUGUAAAAUAUAUGUGUGUUGACCGUGGUAAGGGCACAGGAAUAUAAAUGUAUUGUCUGCUAAAUGAACAAAUGAACUACAGGCUAUCCCACUGGGCACAGACGUCAAUUUAACAUCAAAUCAACGUCUAUAACGUGGAAAUGACGUGGAAAUAACGUGGAAACAACAUUAAUUUAAACACUGUGUGCCCAGUGGGAUGCCAUCGGCAUGGUGCAUAGCCAGACUAAGCACCGUAACAUACAGUCAACUCAUCUAUUCUGUUCUUUUGAAUUCGUUUUUUUUCCCACCUCAAUUUUCUUAGAUAAAAUGCUUAUUAUUCUCAUAUAGUGUUGUGAACAGAUAAUGAUUUAAGUGGUUCAUUAUGUUGAUCAUGUCCUUGAGAUAGUAAUUAAUAAUAAUAAUAAAUAAUUUGGUACAUUACGGUGUAGGCUGCUGAUGGCAAUAAGUGUCGGCAGACAUUUAAUUUGAAGUCGAUUCACCCGGUUAGGAUUGGGCAACUUAUUUUGGACUAAUUGGAUAAUUCCUUUAGACUAUUAUAGUAUGAACACGUGAGAAUUGUUUGCCACAUGGUGUAAGAAGGUGCCUCCUGAGGUGGGAUGAAGGAUAGAAAAGAACAGCAGGGCCCUAACCAUAACAUGUUUUAUACUCUGCUCUGCUCUACUCUACUCUACUCUACUCUACUCUACUCUGCUCUGCUCUGCUCUGCUCUACUCUACUCUACUCUACUCUGCUCUGCUCUGCUCUCUGCUCUGCUCUGCUCUGCUCUGCUCUACUCUACUCUACUCUACUCUGCUCUGCUCUGCUCUGCUCUGCUCUACUCUACUCUACUCUACUCUACUCUACUCUACUCUACUCUGCUCUGCUCUGCUCUGCUCUGCUCUGCUCUGCUCUGCUCUACUCUACUCUACUCUACUCUACUCUACUCUACUCUGCUCUGCUCUGCUCUGCUCUGCUCUGCUCUAUUCUACUCUGCUCUACUCUACUCUACUCUACUCUGCUCUACUCUACUCUGCUCUGCUCUGCUCUGCUCUGCUCUGCUCUGCUCUAUUCUACUCUACUCUACUCUACUCUACUCUACUCUGCUCUAUUCUAUUCUACUCUACUCUACUCUACUCUGUUCUAUUCUACUCUACUCUGCUCUACUCUACUCUGCUCUGCUCUGCUCUAUUCUACUCUACUCUACUCUACUCUACUCUACUCUAUUCUACUCUACUCUGUUCUAUUCUACUCUACUCUACUCUGCUCUGCUCUGCUCUACUCUACUCUACUCUACUCUAUUCUACUCUACUCUGCUCUACUCUACUCUACUCUACUCUACUCUACUCUACUCUACUCUGCUCUAUUCUAUUCUAUUCUACUCUACUCUACUCUACUCUACUCUACUCUACUCUGCUCUGCUCUGCUCUGCUCUGCUCUACUCUACUCUACUCUACUCUACUCUACUCUACUCUGCUCUGCUCUGCUCUGCUCUACUCUACUCUACUCUACUCUACUCUACUCUACUCUACUCUACUCUAGGUGUCCCAUGCCCUGAUGCGUUCCAUGCACUCCCUACUCCCCUCCCCCUGUCCAACUGUGCCGGGUAACCCUGGGUCAGACCCUCCCCCUGCAUCCCCUCUAGUCAGCAGCCCGGAGGAGCCCGACCCGGCCCAGAACACCCCCCUCUCCCCUGGCCCCGACAGCAACGAGAAUAGCUUCUCUGUCAGGUAAAAACUCUCUGAAAAACAUCAACAUACAGCAUAUUCUAGGGUUGGGGUCAAUUCCAUUACAAUCAAUUCAGGAAGUAAAAUGAAGUUCAUAUUCCAGUUUUUCUCAAUGCUUCUCUAUUUAGGAAGUUGGAAUUUCAGUUUACUUCCUAAAUUGAUGUAAUUGAAAUGGAAUUGACCCUUACCCUGGUAUAUACAGCAUAUUCUCGGUUUCAAUGACUGACACCACACAGCUGUACACACACUACCACUCAGGUGAUUGGAUGAGAAGGUAUAAAUAUACACUGAUUUCACAAGAGCUGAAAAUAGUCUAGUAUGUCUACAGACCUACACUGUAGUAGUGCUUGCUAUGAAAAAAAGUAAGAUAGCACUGGAAGUCAGAUUCUGCAAAGGGGAGAUGGCUUUGGCAUGUUUUAGAUCAAAUGUUUUAGAUCAAAUCUUACUGUGUUUUGUCCCUGCUUCACAGUGCUUAAUGCAACCUUGGCAGUAUCAUCUUUAGUAAGAGGAAGUAUGAACACAGGAAGUUGCACGUCUUAUUCCUGUUAUGUGUGAUUAUGUCUAAGGUGUUAAUCUGACUGAAACCCUCUCAGAGUUGAGUCUGUAACAGAUUGACAAUGUUAAAACAUAAAUCUCUAUUUAUUUUUCAUACAGUGAAAUGCAUGAUUAUGAGAGUAGCUACGACGAACCUGUAAUACAGAAUGUGUGUGUGUGAGAGAGUGUAAUCUGUAUGUGACCAGUCAGUCAGUGUGUCAGUUGAACUCUGUUUGCUUCCUUAUUCCUCUCAGCCUAUCUGAUCUGAGGCAGUGUACCAUUGAGCGGGGGGAGGAGGGAAGGGACCUGGUCUCACGCCCAUCCCUGUCAGCAUGUGCCCACUCUGUCAUAUCAGCCAUCCCUCCACAGCAGAUACAGACCAUGAUCCAGGAAGUGAAAGCUCUGGAUGAGGAAACUCUGAAGGUGAGACUUUAUCUGUCUGUCUGUCAGUCUGUCUGUCUGUACGGCAUGUCUGCUUCAUUGUUUUUAUUUUAUUUGGAGGACCAUCCACCUCUUCCUCCCUAGAAGGGCCUCACUGACUGUACAGUGAGGGAAAAACGUAUUUGAUCCCCUGCUGAUUUUGUAUUUGAUCCCCUGCUGGUUUGCCCCACUGACAAAGACAUGAUCAGUCUAUAAUUUUAAUGGUAAGUUUAUUUGAACAGUGAGAGACAGAAUAACAACAACAAAAAUCCAGAAAAACACAUGUCAAAAAUGUUAUAAAUGUAUUUGCAUUUUAAUGAGGGAAAUAAGUAUUUGACCCCUCUGCAAAACAUGACUUAGUACUUGGUGGCAAAACCCUUGUUGGCAAUCACAGAGGUCAGACGUUUCUUGUAGUUGGCCACCAGGUUUGCACACAUCUCAGGAGGGAUUUUGUCCCACCCCUCUUUGCAGAUCUUCUCCAAGUCAUUAAGGUUUCGAGGCUGACGUUUGGCAACUCGAACCUUCAGCUCCCUCCACAGAUUUUCUAUGGGAUUAAGGUCUGGAGACUGGCUAGGCCACUCCAGGACCUUAAUGUGCUUCUUCUUGAGCCACUCCUUUGUUGCCUUGGCCGUGUGUUUUGGGUCAUUGUCAUGCCGGAAUACCCAUCCACAACCCAUUUUCAAUGCCCUGGCUGAGGGAAGGAGGUUCUUACCCAAGAUUUGAUGGUACAUGGCGCCGUCCAUCGUCCCUUUGAUGUGGUGAAGUUGUCCUGUCCACUUAGCAGAAAAACACCCCCAAAGCAUAAUGUUUCCACCUCCAUGUUUGACGGUGGUGAUGGUGUUCUUGGGAUCAUAGGCAGCAUUCCUCCUCCUCCAAACACGGCGAGUUGAGUUGAUGCCAAAGAGCUCGAUUUUGGUCUCAUCUGACCACAACACUUUCACCCAGUUCUCCUCUGAAUCAUUCAGAUGUUCAUUGGCAAACUUCAGACGGGCCUGUAUAUGUGCUUUCUUGAGCAGGGGGACCUUGCGGGCGCUGCAGGAUUUCAGUCCUUCACGGCAUAGUGUGUUACCAAUUGUUUUCUUGGUGACUAUGGUCCCAGCUGCCUUGAGAUCAUUGACAAGAUCCUCCCGUGUAGUUCUGGGCUGAUUCCUCACCGUUCUCAUGAUCAUUGCAACUCCACGAGGUGAGAUCUUGCAUGGAGCCCCAGGCUGAGGGAGAUUGACAGUUCUUUUGUGUUUCUUCCAUUUGCGAAUAAUCACACCAACUGUUGUCACCUUCUCACCAAGCUGCUUGGCUAUGGUCUUGUAGCCCAUUCCAGCCUUGUAUAGGUCUACAAUCUUGUCCCUGACAUCCUUGGAGAGCUCUUUGGUCUUGGCCAUGGUGGAGAGUUUGGAAUCUGAUUGAUUGAUUGCUUCUGUGGACAGGUGUCUUUUAUACAGGUAACAAGCUGAGAUUAGGAGCACUCCCUUUAAUCUCAACUCGUUACCUGUAUAAAAGACACCUGGGAGCCAGAAAUCUUUCUGAUUGACAGGGGGUCAAAUACUUAUUUCCCUCAUUAAAAUGCAAAUCUAUUCAUAACAUUUGUGUUGUUAUUCUGUCUCUCACUGUUCAAAUAAACAUACCAUUACAAUUAUAGACUGAUCAUUUCUUUGUCAGUGGGCAAACGUACAAAAUCAGCAGGGGAUCAACUACUUUUUUCCCUCACUGUAUUAUGAUGUAAAAUACUGAUGUUCCCCACAUCAACACCACAUUAACACCACCACAGUAACACCACAUCAACACCACAUCAACACCACAUUAACACAAUAUCAACACCACAUCAACACCACAUCAACACCACAUCAACACCACAUCAACACCACAUCAACAUCACAGUAACACCACAUCAACACCACAUCAAUACCACAGUAACACAACAUUAACACAACAUUAACACCACAUUAACACCCAGUCAUGACAGACUGUCAACUCUUACUGUUGAUUAUCUCUCAACUGUGGUCUACUCUCUAAGAGGUCAUAUCCCAAAUCCAAAUACACAACAUAAAAUAAUGGGUUUUAAAACCCCUUUAUCAGUAUCUAUACCCCUGAGUCCAAGGCUGCAUCCCAAAUGACAUGCUAGUCCCUUUAUAGUGCGUUACUUUUGACCAGGGCCCAUAAGUCUCUGGAUAACAGGGUGCCAUGUGGGAAGCAUGGUAAGAGCUGCUCUCUCAUGCAUUACUCACCACUGGCUUCUGCAAAACAACAAGCCCGUAUGAAUGAGCUACUGGACUGGAGGGACCAUUAAGGAUUACGUUAGAGUGCUCAGCUGCAGAUAUGUGUCUGUGUGUGUGUGUGUGUGUGUGUGUGUGUGUGUGUGUGUGUGUGUGUGUGUGUGAGUGUGUCUGGCUGUGUGUGUGUGUGUGUGAAUGUGUCUGUGUGUGUGUGGGUGAGUGUGUAUGUCUGUGUGUGAGUGUGUUUGUGUGUGUGAGUGUGUCUGUGUGUGUGUGUGUGUGUGUGUGAAUGUGUCUGUGUGUGUGAGUCUGUAUGUCUGUGUGUGUGUGAGUGUGUAUUAAGAGGCUUUCAGGGAGGACAGAGUAUCACAGUGUGUAUUAAGAGGCUUUCAGGGUGGACAGAGUAUCACAGUGUGUAUUAAGAGGCUUUCAGGGUGGACAGAGUAUCACAGUGUGUAUUAAGAGGCUUUCAGGGAGGACAGAGUAUCACAGUGUGUAUUAAGAGGCUUUCAGGGUGGACAGAGUAUCACAGUGUGUAUUAAGAGGCUUUCAGGGAGGACAGAGUAUCACAGUGUGUAUUAAGAGGCUUUCAGGGAGGACAGAGUAUCACAGUGUGUAUUAAGAGGCUUUCAGGGAGGACAGAGUAUCAGUGUGUAUUAAGAGGCUUUCAGGGUGGACAGAGUAUCACAGUGUGUAUUAAGAGGCUUUCAGGGAGGACAGAGUAUCACAGUGUGUAUUAAGAGGCUUUCAGGGAGGACAGAGUAUCACAGUGUGUAUUAAGAGGCUUUCAGGGAGGACAGAGUAUCACAGUGUGUAUUAAGAGGCUUUCAGGGAGGACAGGACAGGAAGAGUAGGUGAGUAUCAGUGUGUAUUAAGAGGCUUUCAGGGUGGACAGAGUAUCACAGUGUGUAUUAAGAGGCUUUCAGGGAGGACAGAGUAUCAGUGUGUAUUAAGAGGCUUUCAGGGUGGACAGAGUAUCACAGUGUGUAUUGUGUUUCUGUUCUUCAUUUCCGUUCUGUGAGGCAAUCAAAGCUUUUGUCUACGCAAGCACGCACGAACACACACACACACACACACACACACACACACACACACACACACACACACACACACACACACACACACACACACACACACACACACACACACACACACACACACACACAGACCUCUCUCAAAGGACCACUUGGCUCUGUGCAUCUGUAUGCAUUUCCUUUCUCGAUAAGUCAUUACCGCACUCUUACUACAAUGUGUGACUGUGUGUGUGUCUGUUUGUGUGUGUGUGUGUGUGUCUGGUGUGUGUUUACGUGUGUGUGUAAAGGCCGGAGGUGAGGGCGAGACACUUGGUCCCCCUCAGCUCUCUCACAGACAUACAAUCAUCUGGAAAUCAUCAACAACAGCUGGGGUUUAAUAAUCAAACUGAGAGACUGUAUCUCUGUGAAUGCACAUGAAUCGUCUGACUAACGUCAUAAAGUAUUAAUCGUCCCAGAGUAACAAUGUUGCUGAUCUAAGAAUAGUUUAGUCUUUUAGAUCAUAGUGAAUAAGAUUACAUGGACAGGGGGGACCUGAACAUAGAUCAGUACUCCUACACUUAAUAGAUUUGAACAAGAACUUAAGGCCCAAAGUCCCAAAUGGCCAAAAUGUGUUAUCAAUGUUAUAAAUAUAACUAGAAUAAUUUGAAAUCAAUGCAAAAAUCACUAGGCCAGCAGUAAAAUUCUAAAGUGAACAAAAAAGAUGAAAACAUUAUUUUGAGUGUUAGAAUGAAAGAGAUUACAUCUUUCCUUCCCUCUUUCUAGCAAUUUGAGCACAUCCACGUGGUGAUUCUGCACAAGGAGGAAGGAGCAGGUCUGGGUUUCAGCAUCGCUGGUGGGAUAGACCUGGAGAGCAAGGCCACCACAGUGAGUAUACUGUGGACUCUGUAACCAUACUGAAAGGCCCACCACAUAACUAUAACCCAAUCACACUCUAAGGUCAUGCUAGAGCAGAUGAAAAGUGAUGAUAUCGUCAGAAUUUAUGUUAAAGAUUGUAUUUCUAUGUCAUGUGUGCUAUCUGGGGGAGUUGAGAAUUCUGCAGAAGACACGUUUCUGUUGUUCACUGUAACAUAUUGUAUGGACAAUAAAGUUGUAUUGUAUUGUACAACAUACAGUGUCUGUCUUGUUAGGCGUAUGAUUUUGGACUUAAAGAUUAAAGAUAGGAUCCCAUGGCUAUAAAUCCCUGAUACUGUCCUUUCUAGCAUGGCCAGAUAGUGGCAACUCUACAAAAUGUCUGCCGCCUGCUCCACCAAUCAAGGCGAAUUGCUUAGAAUGGGAAAGUCCAUUGUUAACGCUCUGGUGACAUUCCUCCCUCCCCCCAGGUGCAUCGUGUUUUCCCCCAUGGCCUGGCGGCUCAAGAGGGAACCGUGGAGAAGGGUGACGAGGUGCUGUCCAUCAACGGCCAGACACUAAGGGGCGCGACACACGCCGAUGCCACCGCCACACUGCGCCAGGCCCGCACCAUGAGACUGGCCGUGGUGGUGGUGAGCAAGGGGAGAGAGGAGGAGGAGGAGGAGGAGAAGAAGGAGGGAACAAGGCUGGUGAUCCCUCUAUCAGCAGUAGCAGUACAGACCUCAACCCUACAGGUGAGUAGAAGGUGAUCAGACAAGUUCACCUAGUAAGACAGCACACCCAAAACCGUGUGGUCCCAAUGUGUAGGUGUGUGUGCGUGCACAUCAAAUCAAAUCCAAUUUUAUUGGUUGCAAACACAUAUUUAGCAGAUGUUAUUGUGGAUGUAGCAAAAUGCUUGCAUUUGUGGCUGUAUCAUACAGUGUAUGUACUGUAUGUAUACGUUGGUUGUUCAUUCACUCUCUCUCUCUCGGUCUGUCUGUAGUGGAGGAUGGGGGAGCCAUGCUGACUGUGGAGCUGGAGACAGGAGGAGGGGGCGUGGGGUUCAGUUUGGAAGGAGGGAAAGGAUCUAUCCAUGGAGACAGGCCUCUGGUCCUCAACAGGAUCUUUAAAGGUACAGUACUAUCCACAGAUACAGGUCUCUGGUCAUCAACAGGAUCUUUAAAGGUACAGUACUAUCCACAGAUACAGGUCUCUGGUCAUCAACAGGAUCUUUAAAGGUACAGUACUAUCCACAGAGACAGGUCUCUGGUCAUCAACAGGAUCUUUAAAGGUACAGUACUAUCCACAGAGACAGGUCUCUGGUCCUCAACAGGAUCUUUAAAGGUACAGUACUAUCCACAGAUACAGGUCUCUGGUCAUCAACGGGAUCUUUAAAGAUACAGUACUAUCCACAGAGACAGGUCUCUGGUCAUCAACAGGAUCUUUAAAGGUACAGUACUAUCCACAGAGACAGGUCUCUGGUCAUCAACAGGAUCUUUAAAGGUACAGUACUAUCCACAGAGACAGGUCUCUGGUCAUCAACGGGAUCUUUAAAGGUACAGUACUAUCCACAGAUACAGGUCUCUGGUCAUCAACAGGAUCUUUAAAGGUACAGUACUAUCCACAGAGACAGGUCUCUGGUCAUCAACAGGAUCUUUAAAGGUACAGUACUAUCCACAGAGACAGGUCUCUGGUCAUCAACAGGAUCUUUAAAGGUACAGUACUAUCCACAGGAGUAAAAGGGAUAGUUCACAAAAAAGUUAAUAUUUGGAGACAGUGGCCAGGUAAACAAAACCAAAGCAUGGAUUGCUGCCUUACCAUGUCCCUAAACCCUUACAGGGUAAGGAAACCGAUAUAUCAUUUUGUAAUUUGGGUGAACUUUAAAAAGCAAUAAUGUGCCAUUUAGCAGACACUGUUAUCCAAGUGACUUACAGUAGUGUGUGCAUACAUUUUUAGUAUGGGUGACCACAGCAGGAAUCAAACCAACGAUCUUGAUGUUACAAGUACCAUGCUCUACCAGCUGAGCCACACAGGACCUGUUCUUAACACGUUUAACAAUUGAUUUUAUGGUUAGAAAAGUUGUGAUGUCACAGAAAGUAGGAAAGCAUGCAAACAACGCAGAGAAAUACAGUUUUAUAAGCUUACAUUUUUAUAAAAUGGGGGAGGGGAAGCUGAUCCCAGAUCUGCAGCUAGGGGAAACUUUACCCCAGACCAAUGUGUGACAGUGUGUUCUCCUGCUCCCUAAUAGGUGGCGCUGCGGAGCAGAGUGGGUUGCAGUCUGGCGAUGAACUGCUGCAGGUCCAGAGCUCCUCCCUCCAGGAGCUGAGCCGCUUCGAGGCCUGGAACAUCGUCAAAGCUCUGCCUGAGGGGCAUAUCACUCUAGUCAUCCGGAGGAGGAAGGAGGAUGAGGCAGAAGGCUCUGCCUGA